AUGCUUAGAAGUCGCAUGUCCUGGUUCAAAUCAUGCUCUGCAAGGUCAAAAACACGGUGAGUCUCACCGUUCUUCCCAAACGUUAAAAACAUUUAGAUAUCUCUUCCUUCUUCCUUGUCAAGAAUGAAGGAAGUUGUUGAACCUUGGGAGGGUGUGUCCACAGGUUUCUCAUCCCGAUCUAGCAUACUGUAUAAUCACAAAUGUUCAGAAUGUCUACACCAUUUUGCUAGAAACAUGUUUGUUUCUAGGUUGCUCAGUCAGUGAAGAAGAAGGUGAAAUUCAGAAACACCCAGAGGAAGAGAAGAUAGAUCUUGAAAUCACUAAGGUGAAGGGACCCCUGAUCAUUAGGUCCAGUCGUGGCCGACUCUGGGAUUGUGGCGCUCAUCUCGCUUUAUUGGCCGAGGCAGUACAGCUUCUGGAUCAUGUGGCCAGCAUGACUAAGCCGCUUCUGGCGAACCACAGCAGCGCUCAGAAACGCCGUUUCCCUUCCCGCCGGAGCGGUACCUAUUUACCUACUUGCACUGUGAUGUGCUUUCGAACUGCUAGGUGGGCAGGAGCAGGGACCAAGCAACGGGAGCUCACCCCGUCUCUAGGUUGUCCAAGUCAAGAGAAAGAAGAUGAUGUCUGGGAAGAAUUGGAGGAAGAGAAUAAACACCCCACCCCAGGUAAUCCCUCCUAAUCAUCAUCACAGUGGAAAGGGAAUGUAGGGUGUGUUGGAGAGAGAGUUUUGGAAGAGAGAUCUUACGCUCUCGUAGCAGAGUAAAUGCUGUAUGCUUAGAGAGUGCUCUUCAGCUCCAUGGAGUGAGGAGUACUUCAGGGUUCAAUUUUAUCCCCUAUGCUGUUUAACAUCUACAUGAAGGCACUGAGUAGGAUCAUCCUGAAACAGUUCAGGACCCCCCACAGUCUCCUCAGAGAGAAAGGCCUGCUUUGGGGUGGGGGGUGGAGAGAGGCCUGCGCGCUCCUACAGUCUCCUCAGGUCUGUUUGACUUUUCUCACAGGUUUAGUUACUUGUCCAUCUAGUAACAAUUUGAAUCUGUCAUGAAUAUAUCCAAACAUAACUACUGUUCUGUGAAAUAAAGAUCCAUUUGAUUGAUUGAUUGAUUGAUUGGGUAUUGAUUAAGUAAACAAAUAAACUUAAAUGACUUUGGAGGGUGGUAGAUCAAUGCCAGUUUGAUAUACUGGUAGUAGAUCAGAACCUAUUUGAAUUUGGACAUGCCUAUUAUAGUCCAACAACCUUGGGAGGGCGUGUCCACAGGUUUCUCAUCCCCUGAUCCAGUGUGGUGUAGUGGUUAAGAGCGGUGGACUCGUAUUCUGGGGAACCGGGUUCGCGUCUCCGCUCCUCCACAUGCAGCUGCUGGGUGACCUUGGGCUAGUCACACUUCUCUGAAGUCUCUCAGCCCCACUCACCUCACAGAGUGUUUGUUGUGGGGGGAAAGGGAAAGGAGAAUGUUAGCCACUUUGAGACUCCUUCGGUAGUGAUAAAGCGGGAUGUCAAACCCAAACUCCUCCUCCUCCUCCUGAUCUAACACACUGUAUAACUGCAAAUGUUCAGAAUGUUUACCCCAUUUUGCUAGAAACUUGUUUGUUUCUAGGUUGCUCAGUCGGUGAAGAGGAAGGUGAAAUACAGAAACUCCCAGAGGAAGAGAAGAGAGAUCUUGAAAUAGGUAAUCCCACCUAAUCAAUGGUGUAAUGAAUGGAGAAAGUGAGGGGGUGCAGCUCAGGGAUUCCUUUUUCAGAGCAGGAGCAAUGACAUGAUCUGCUGGAAAAGUACCUGUGAAGUUGAGGAGCUCCUGAACUAAGGAAUUUACUAGUACAGUUUCAUUACUCAUCACUGCUGCUGUGUGGUUUCAGGUGCUGUUUCGAAUAUUGGCCAAGGCUGCAGAAAGGUCUAUCCCAUUGCUGGUCCCUUAAUGGGGACAUGGCUUUUUAGUGGCGAUUCUUAUCCCAGCAUGUAGCUUUUGUUGUUAAACCACUUUGAGAUGUUUCACGGGAAAUAUAUACGUAAAUAGGUUGCCACAUUGGAGAAGGCAUUUUUAGAUGGUUGUGCUAAUGUGAGCUUCUGUCUCUAGGUUGUCCAAGUCAAGAGAAAGAAGAUGAUGUCCGGGAAGAAUUGGAGGAAGAGAAUAAACACCCCACCCCAGGUAAUCCCUCCUAAUCAUCAUCACAGUGGAAAGGGAAUGUAGGGUGUGUUGGAGAGAGAGUUUUGGAAGAGAGAUCUUACGCUCUCGUAGCAGAGUAAAUGCUGUAUGCUUAGAGAGUGCUCUUCAGCUCCAUGGAGUGAGGAGUACUUCAGGGUUCAAUAUUAUCCCUUAUGCUGUUUAACAUCUACAUGAAGCCACUGAGUAGGAUCAUCCUGAAACAGUUCAGGACCCCCCACAGUCUCCUCAGAGAGAAAGGCCUGCUUUGGGGUGGGGGGUGGAGAGAGGCCUGCGCGCUCCAACAGUCUCCUCAGGUCUGUUUGACUUUUCUCAUAUGUUUAGUUACUUGUCAAUCCAGUAACAAUUUGAAUCUGUCAUGAAGAUAUCCGAACAUAACUACUGUAUCUGUGAAAUAAAGAUCCAUUUGAUUGAUUGAUUGAUUGAUUGGGUAUUGAUUAAGUAAAUGAAUAAACUUAAAUGACUUUGGAGGGUGGUAUAUCACUGCUAGUUUGUUAUACUGGUAGUAGAUCACAAGCUAUUUGAAGUUGGACAUACCAAUUGUAGUCCAACAACCUUGGGAGGGCGUGUCCACAGGUUUCUCAUCCCCUGAUCUAGCAUACUGUAUAACUGCAAAUGUUCAGAAUGUCUACCCCAUUUUGCUAGAAACUUGUUUGUUUCUAGGUUGCUCAGUCAGUGAAGAAGAAGGUGAAAUUCAGAAACACCCAGAGGAAGAGAAGAUAGAUCUUGAAAUCGGUAAGGUAAAGGGACCCCUGACCAUUAGGUCCAGUCGUGGCCAACUCUGGGGUUGCGGCGCUCAUCUCGCUUUAUUGGCCGAGGGAGCCGGCGUACAGCUUCUGGAUCAUGUGGCCAGCAUGACUAAGCCGCUUCUGGCGAACCAGAGCAGCACUUGGAAAUGCCGUUUCCCUUCCCGCCGGAGCGGUACCUAUUUACCUACUUGCACUUUGACGUGCUUUCGAACUGCUGGGUUGGCAGGAGCAGGGAUCGAGCAACGGGAGCUCACCCCGUCGCAGGGAUUUGAACCGCCGACCUUCUGAUCGGCAAGUCCUAGGCUUUAGUGAGGGGGUGUAGCUCAGGGAUUCCUUUUUUAGAGCAGGAGCAAUGACAUGAUCUGCUGGAAAAGUACCUGUGAAGUUGAGGAGCUCCUGAACUAAGGAAUUUACUAGUACAGUUUCAUUACUCAUCACUGCUGCUGUGUGGUUUCAGGUGCUGUUUCGAAUAUUGGCCAAGGCUGCAGAAAGGUCUAUCCCAUUGCUGGUCCCUUAAUGGGGACAUGGCUUUUUAGUGGCGAUUCUUAUCCCAGCAUGUAGCUUUGUUGUUAAACCACUUUGAGAUGUUUCACGGAAAUAUAUACGUAAAUAGGUUGCCACAUUGGAGAAGGCAUUUUUAGAUGGUUGUGCUAAUGUGAGCUUCUGUCUCUAGGUUGUCCAAGUCAAGAGAAAGAAGAUGAUGUCCGGGAAGAAUUGGAGGAAGAGAAUAAACACCCCACCCCAGGUAAUCCCUCCUAAUCAUCAUCACAGUGGAAAGGGAAUGUAGGGUGUGUUGGAGAGAGAGUUUUGGAAGAGAGAUCUUACGCUCUCGUAGCAGAGUAAAUGCUGUAUGCUUGAGAGUGCUCUUCAGCUCCAUGGAGUGAGGAGUACUUCAGGGUUCAAUAUUAUCCCUUAUGCUGUUUAACAUCUACAUGAAGCCACUGAGUAGGAUCAUCCUGAAACAGUUCAGGACCCCCCACAGUCUCCUCAGAGAGAAGGCCUGCUUUGGGGUGGGGGGGUGGAGAGAGGCCUGCGCGCUCCUACAGUCUCCUCAGGUCUGUUUGACUUUUCUCACAGGUUUAGUUACUUGUCCAUCUAGUAACAAUUUGAAUCUGUCAUGAAUAUAUCCAAACAUAACUACUGUUCUGUGAAAUAAAGAUCCAUUUGAUUGAUUGAUUGGGUAUUAAUUAAGUAAAUAAAUAAACAAAUAAACUUAAAUGACUUUGGAGGGUGGUAGAUCAAUGCCAGUUUGAUAUACUGGUAGUAGAUCACAACCUAUUUGAAUUUGGACAUGCCUAUUAUAUUAUAGGGACGCAGGUGGCGCUGUGGGUAAAACCUCAGCGCCUAGGACUUGACGAUCGCAUGGUCGGCGGUUCGAAUCCCCGCGGUGGGGUGCGCUCCCGUCGUUCAGUCCCAGCGCCUGCCAACCUAAUAGUUCGAAAGCACCCCUGGGUGCAAGUAGAUAAAUAGGGACCGCUUAACAGCGGGAAGGUAAACGGCGUUUCCGUGUGCGGCUCUGGCUCGCCAGAGCAGCUUUGUCACACUAGCCACGUGACCCAGAAGUGUCUGCGGACAGCGCUGGCUCCCGGCCUAUAGAAUGAGAUGAGCGCACAACCCUAGAGUCUGGCAAGACUGGCCCGUACGGGCAGGGGUACCUUUACCUUCACCUUAUUAUAGUCCAACAACCUUGGGAGGGCGUGUCCACAGGUUUCUCAUCCCCUGAUCCAGUGUGGUGUAGUGGUUAAGAGCGGUGGACUCGUAAUCUGGGGAACCGGGUUCGCGUCUCCGCUCCUCCACAUGCAGCUGCUGGGUGACCUUGGGCUAGUCACACUUCUCUGAAGUCUCUCAGCCCCACUCACCUCACAGAGUGUUUGUUGUGGGGGAGAAAGGGAAAGGAGAAUGUUAGCCGCUUUGAGACUCCUUCGGGUAGUGAUAAAGCGGGAUGUCAAACCCAAACUCCUCCUCCUCCUCCUGAUCUAACACACUGUAUAACUGCAAAUGUUCAGAAUGUCUACCCCAUUUUGCUAGAAACUUGUUUGUUUCUAGGUUGCUCAGUCGGUGAAGAGGAAGGUGAAAUACAGAAACUCCCAGAGGAAGAGAAGAGAGAUCUUGAAAUAGGUAAUCCCACCUAAUCAAUGGUGUAAUGAAGGGAGAAAGUGAGGGGGUGCAGCUCAGGGAUUCCUUUUUCAGAGCAGGAGCAAUGACAUGAUCUGCUGGAAAAGUCAUCAUAUUUGCUUUGCUCUGCCCACUUCUGCCUCUGUGUCCUCACCCAACCAUUGGCCUGCGGCCUCUGGAAAGUAACCCACAAAGGAAUGUAACUGCAUCUUCUUCAAAAAUCUCAUUGAACAUAACAGAAAAGUGCAGUGAUAUUUAACAUUGUCACACGUUGAUGUCUGUUGUCCCAUCACUCAUCUUCUUCCAAACAGUCCACCUUUUAGGGGAUGCAGCUCUGUUGCACAAGGGUGCCGAAUCUGCUUUUUAAUUGCACAAGCUGAAUUUGUUGAUAGGUGGUUGACUCCCACCCAGAAAUAAUGACAGCCUGAAAUCACUCCAAGACACAGAAGUCCUGUGCAGAGGAAGGACGCUAACUGAUUUUCUUUAUCCAUCUCAAUUGGGGGUUUAAGCCUGGUUUUGGCACAGAAACCGCUUUGGUCAUCCUGUAUGAUGACCUCUGUCAAGAGAGAAAUAGGGAAAAUGUGUUCUUGUAAAUUCUUCUCAGUCUUUCAAUACUAUCUCCCAUAGUAUCCUUCUGGAGCGGCUGUCCAAACUAGGAGUGGGUGGCACUGCUUUGCGGUGAUGCUUAGGUGAUGCUCUUCAGCUCCAUGGAACCAUCAAUGUGGACUUCCUUGGGGUUCAAUUUUAUCCCCUAUGCUGUUUAACAUCUACAUGAAACCACUGAGUAGGAUCAUCCUGAAACAGUUCAGGACCACCCACAGUCUCCUCAGAGAGAUAGGCCUGCUUUGGGGUGGGGGGUGGAGAGAAGCCCUGCCCGCUCUGACAGUCUACCCAGGUCUGCUUGUCUUUUCUCACAUGUUUAGUUACUUGUCCAUCUAGUAACAAAUUGAAUCCGCCACGAAGAUAUCCAAACAUAACUACUGUAUCUGUGAAAUAAAGAUCCAUUUGAUUGAUUGAUUGAUUGAUUGAUUGAUGGGUAUUAAAUGAGUAAAUAAAUACACAAACUUAAAUGACUUUGGAGGGUGGUAGAUCACUGCCAGUUUGUUAUACUGGUAGUAGAUCAGAACCUAUUUGAAGUUGGACAUGCCUAUUAUAGCCCAACAACCUUGGGAGGGCGUGUCCACAGGUUUCUCAUCCCCUGAUCUAGCAUACUGUAUAACUGCAAAUGUUCAGACUGUCUACCCCAUUUUGCUAUUCCAACUUGCUUGUUUCUAGGUUGCUCAGUCAGUGAAGAGGAAGGUGAAAUUCAGAAACACCCAGAGGAAGAGAAGAUGGAUCUUGAAAUAGGUAAUCUCACCUAAUCACUGGUGUAAUGAAGGGAGAAAGUGAGGGGGUGAAGCUCAGGGAUUCCUUUUUCAGAGCUGGAGCAAUGAAAUGAUCUGCUGGAAAGGUACAUGGGUGGAGUUAAGUAGAACGGUGAUUGCUCCAACCGCAUUAAAACUGCAUUAGUUACUUCUACCCUCAACUACCUUUAAACAAACAUUCCCCAGCAAAAAAAAAAACUAGGCUAAAAUAAAUCACGUAUACUUAGCUUUGAAAAUAAGUAAAAGUUUUGCUCACAGAGUCUCCAGUAGUUACAGCAAACAAGUCUCCACCCACUGGCAGUAAAACAAAGGUGGAAAAUGUUCUAAAUGACUUUAAAAGUUAUUGGUUUCCUUACAAAAGGAUCAUGCAAUGUUUGGGUUAGCAAAGAUGCAGGCUUUAAAAUCUCCCUUUUGGAGAGAUUCGGUUCACGUGGUUUUUCUUGCAGCUGGGAGCCAAAGGAGGUGGGGAGAGAAUGUGAGGGAGCUCCGCCCCCCCUGUCAACCUGAGCUCAGGUUAACCCUUUCAUGCCCACAAGAGUCUGUCUACCUAGUCCUUGAAAGUCUCUCCAGGCCAUACCCCCACAAGUCUUGCUCUGAGCUCCUCUUGAGUGUGUUUGCUUGGCUGGAAGGGGUCCUUGGACUGCAAUAAUGCUGUAUGCUUGCCUUGAUGGGAGGAUGGAGAGAUGUGGGGGUGGGUGGUGUGUGGAGAAAGGUUUAGCUUUGUGUGGCUGGAAAAAGCCCCAUUGCACAGAGUCACAAUAUUUGUUUUGCUCUGCCCACGUCUGCCUCUGUGUCCUCACCCAACCAUUGGCCUGCGGCCUUUGGAAAGUAAGCCACAAAGGAAUGUAGCUGCUGCUUCUUCAAAAAUCUUAUUGAACAUAACAGAAAUGUGCAGCGAUAUUUAACAUUGUAACACGCUGAUGUCUGUUGUCCCAUCACUCAUCUUCUUCCAAACAGUCCACCUUUUAGGGCAGGGGUCUGCAACCUUUAAGACGGGAAGAUUGUUCUUUCAGGGCUCUACCAUCGCCAUCGAUCCCCGGCAUUGAAUGUGUUGGCCUAGUGUGGGGCUCUGAGGUGAACUUGGCUGUCUGGCUGGUGUACCGGCCACCUAGCGCACCAGCAGCCACCCUGUCAGGCCUGCUGGAGGCGGUGGCCGGCUGGGCCUUGGAGUUCCCUAACCUAUUGGUAUUGGGGACUUCAACGUCCAUGCUGAUGCCACUCCCUCCUCAUAGGCUCUGGACCUGGUGUCUUCCAUGGCAACACUAGGGCUCUCCCAGUUUGUUUCAGGCCCCACACAUCAAGCAGGCCACACGCUGGAUUUGAUCUUUGGCGUAGGUAUAGAUGUGAUCAUGUCUCCUUCAAUUAAGGUGCCAUGGUCUGAUCACUUCGCUCUGAAAGCCAGGAUUGACUUUCCACCCCCAACCUGCUUAGGUGGCGAGCCGAUUUGGGCUCGCCCGCAGAGGCUGAUGGACCCUGAUAGAUUCUGUCAAGCCUUGCGGGACCUUGCUCCCCCUGGCGACUCAUUGACUGAGCUUGUUGAGGGCUGGAAUAUCCAGCUCCUGGCAGCCAUAGAUGAGAUCGCACCUAAGCGCCCUCUGCGACUCCGCAGAAACCGGGCUCCCUGGUUUACCGAGGAGCUUCGGAAAAUGAAGCGGGACCUCAGACGGCUAGAGCGAGUAUGGCGGGGUGCCCGUGACGGAGCCUCAAGAACAUCUUAUAGGGUUUUUAUGAAAACCUAUGAGAUGGCGGUGAAGGCCGCUAGAAGUCUUACUUCUCGGCCUCCAUUGCAUCCGCUAGCUCUCGCCCGGCGCAAUUAUUUAGUAUAAUUAGGUCUUUAACGUCCCUUGAAGGACAGCCAAAUUUAAAUAACAAUCUGACACACAGCUGUGAGGCAUUUGCGAGCUUUUUGCGGAGAAGGUCCUGUUGCUCCGCCAUGACCUCCCUGCCAAUUUGGAUACAAUAAAGGAACUGGAGGCCCCUCGACUGUCCUCGGGUCCAGUAUUGGACCACUUUGAUCGGAUAUCCCCAGCCGAUGUGGACAGACUCCUCCGAGCUGGAAAGCCCACCACCUGUCCUCUUGACCCGUGCCCGUCUUGGCUGAUUAGAGCGUGUCCAGCCGAGGUGUGGGCCCCCCGGGGGGAUAUCAUCAAUUUGUCCCUUGGCACCGGGAUAUUUCCAGGGGAAUUGAAGGAGGCAGUGGUGCGCCCGCUCUUAAAGAAAACAUCAUUAGAUCCCUUAGAUCUAUCCAAUUACCGCCCAGUUUCGAAUCUUCCAUUCCUGGGUAAGGUGAUUGAGAGAGCGGUUGCUGAACAGCUUGGUAGGUUUCUGGAUGAAACAUCGGCUCUGGAUCCAUUCCAGUCCGGCUUCCGCGCUGGUCAUGGGACCGAGACGGCUCUGGUCGCCCUAACAGAUGAUCUCCGCAGGCAGCUGGAUCGAGGCAGGUCGGGGCUGCUGAUUCUUCUAGACCUGUCAGCAGCCUUCGACAUGGUCAAUCACGAACUCCUGGACCACCGCCUUGCCGACGUGGGGAUCCAGGGCACAGUCCUUCAAUGGCUGCGCUCGUUUCUCUCUGGUCGGGGACAGAGGGUGGCGCUUGGGGGGGGAAUUGUCAUCGCGCCACUCCUUGGUGUGUGGAGUGCCUCAGGGUGCAAUACUCUCCUCGAUGCUUUUUAACAUCUUUAUGCGCCUCCUCGCCCAGCUUGUCCGGAGUUUUGGGCUGGGUUGCCAUCAGUAUGCCGAUGACACCCAACUCUAUCUGUUGAUGGAUGGCCAUCCUGACUCGGCCCCAGACACACUGACCAGAUGUUUGGAAGCUGUGGCUGGAUGGUUACGUGGAAGCCGGUUGAAGUUAAAUCCUUCGAAGACAGAGGUCCUCUGGCUGGGACGGGACGAUAUGGGAUUGGGGGGGCAACUCCCAUCUCUUGCGGGGGUGCAAUUAGUGCCAGCACUGUCCGUUAAGAGUUUGGGUGUAAUCUUCGAUACCUCCCUCUCUAUGGAGGCGCAGAUUACAGCUAUAACAAAGGCGGCAUUUUUCAUCUCCGCCAAGCUAAGCAGUUGGCCCCUUAUCUCUCUCGCCCUGACCUAGCCACUGUGAUCCACGCGACGGUCACCUCCAGACUGGAUUAUUGUAACUCGCUCUACGUGGGGCUGCCCUUGAGACUGACCCAGAAACUCCAGCGGGUGCAGAAUGCCGCGGCGAGACUCCUUAUGGGGUCUUCGCUGCGAGAUCACAUUCAUCCGGUACUAUACCAGCUGCACUGGCUCCCGGUGGAGUACAGGAUCAGGUUUAAGGUGCUGGUUUUAACCUUUAAAGCCCUAUACGGCCUAGGACCCUCGUACCUACGGGACCGCCUCUCCUGGUAUGCCCCACAGAGGAACCUACGGUCUGCAAAUAAAAACAUCCUGAAGGUCCCAGGCCUCAGAGAGGUUAGGCUGGCCUCAACUAGAGCCAGGGCUUUCUCGGCUGCGGCUCCAAUCUGGUGGAGCAGCUCUGUCACAAGAGACUAGGGCCCUGCGGGACCUGACAUCUUUCCGCAAGGCCUGCAAGACAGAGUUGUUCCACCAGGCCUUUGGUCAGGGCCCAGCCUGACUCCCUCCUCUGGCAACCUGCACAGAACUUUGCUUAACGGUUGCCAUUAAUUUGAUUUUAAUUAAUUUUUAUAAUGAAAUGUUUUAGAAUGUUGGAUUAUUUGAUUGUUUGAUUAUUUGAUUGUUGUUAGCCGCCCUGAGCCUGGCUUUGGCUGGGGAGGGCGGGAUAUAAAUAAAAUUUAUUAUUAUUAUUAUUAUUAUUAUUAAGACAAAAAGAGCCACUUGGACCCAUUUCUGAAGGGAAAAAAACUGGGAGCCGCAAAACCAUUGCGACAUUUAAAACAAAUAUAACACUGCAUAUAUUGUUUCUUACCUUAAUGUCCGAUCUGACAGUGGGCGGGAAGGUGACGUCGGGACGGUGCGUGACUAACACACACACCGCCCCCAUGAGACGUCACAGCCAGUACAGGGCCCGCCACAGUGGGGAGUGUCGAGGCGCACAAUGCGCCUCCUCCCCUCGCUAGUAUCCGCCCCGGAGCCGCGGCAAAGGUGUAAAAGAGCCACAUGCGGCUCCGGAGCCGCGGGUUGCAGACCCCUGUUUUAGGGGAUGCAGCUCUGUUGCACAAGGGUGCCAAAUCUGCUUUUUAACUGCACAAGCUGAAUUAGUUGAUAGGUGGUUGACUCCCACCCAGAAAUAAUGGCAGCCCGAAAUCACCCCAAGACACAGAAGUCCUGUGCAGAGGAAGGAUGCUAACUGAUUUUCUUUAUCCAUCUCAAUUGGGGUUUAAGCCUGGUUUUGGUACAGAUACUGCUCUGGUCAUCCUGUAUGAUGACCUCUGUCAAGAGAGAAAUAGGGGAAAUGUGUUCUUGUAAAUUCUUCUCAGUCUUUCAAUACUAUCUCCCAUAGUAUCCUUCUGGAGCGGCUGUCCAAACUAGGAGUGGGUGGCACUGCUUUGCGGUGAUGCUUAGGGGGUGCUCUUCAGCUCCAUGGAACCAUCAAUGUGGACUUCCUUGGGGUUCAAUUUCAUCUCCUAUGCUGUUUAACAUCUACUUGAAACCACCGAGUAGGAUCAUCCUGAAACAGUUCAGGACCACAAUACCUCCCCCCAUACAAAGCAACCGAGAUCCUGCAAUCAUCCUUUUGUGCCUCCUCCAUGAGAGAUCUGGAGGGAGGCAACACGAGAACGGGCCUUUCCUGCAAUGGCCCCCCGCUUGUGGAAUGCUCUCCCUAGGGAGGCUUGCCUGGUUCCUUUGUUACAUAUCUUUUGGUUCCAAGCAAAAACAUUUUUCUUCUCUUAGGCCUUUUGCUAAUUAAACAAAAUUCAUGGCCUUUUAAACGGAGGGGGUGUUUGUUAUUAUGGUUUUUUUAUGUUAUUAUCAAUUUUAAUAUAUUAGUAAAUACGUUUCUCAUUUUCUACAGAGAAAAGAAAAGCAGUUAUGGAUAUUCUGUGCAAACUAAAUCUAGAAAAGCAUAAAAGCAAAGCACUCUCCCUCCAAGAAGUCCUGAAAAUAGGUUCAGGGAGCUUGAAGGAAUUCACCCCUCAAACCUGGGAAGAUUUACCUUGGCAUUUUCUGAGGAAGAUAUUGGCUCUGAAUGUGACAGCCAGGAGCACCAGCUUCAAACAAGUUGUUUCUGAUGAUCAAGUACUUAGAAGAAAUGAGGGGAAUGAGAGGAUUGAUAAGGACAUUUUUGUUACUCUUGAAAUGGGUGAGAGUCAUUCUGUGAACCCCCUUGAUGUCCUUUGUGCUGUUCUGCUUUGUUCUGACAGUUUCCUCCAACAGGAGAUCCUCCUCAAAAUGUCCAUGUGCCAGUUUGCCCUGCCUUUGAUUCUGCCUCCCCUCAAGACCUCCAAGUGCACCCUGAUGCUCUGGGCCAUGAGGGACAUUGUGAAAAAAUGGAGGCCCCAUUCCUUGGCUGAAAGCAGAGGCUUUAGGGAGGACAGCCUGGUAUUGACAUCCAUGCCAACUGUUUCCUUCGUACGAAUGGGAAACUGCAACAUAUCUAAAUCCAAAGUCCUCAACGAGUUCCUCAGCCCUUCUCAGCAGCAUAAUGAUUUCUUUCUACACCGAGAUAUGGAGUGUGGGAACGUCCCUCGGGAAAUUGCUGAUGGGCUUGUAGAGAUUGCCUGGUAUUUCCCAGGAGGACGGACGAACACAGAUCUCUUCCCAGAGCCAGUUGCUGUUGCAAAUCUCCGUGGAGAUGUUGAGUCUCACUGGGUGCAGUUCAGCUUUUUAACGCAGGUCUCCUCAGCUGUGUUCAUAUUUGCUGAAUGCAUUGGCGAGAGAGAAUAUACUCUCUUGUCAUCACUGAAGGACUUGUCAACUCAGUUCUACUUUAUCUUGGAAGGUCGCAGUAAAAAAUCUGAUUGUACCUUGGAGUUCUUAAAUAAACUGGCACCAGUGAUUAAACUUGACAAUUCACAUAUAUUGGUAAAGAAUGCCACAAUGAAUAAAGCAGUAUUUGUAGAACUCCUUCGAGCUGCAGUUGGAAAAAUAAUAGCCUCAAAUCCUAAGUGUGUAAGUAUUGAUAAGAUGUGUACAACAGCCCAUGAACUUAAAAUCCAGGUGGAUGAAGACCACAAAGAAUGUCAGGAUGCCCUCAGAUGUGCCACAGAAAUUUCAGGAGAGAUAAAAGAUGUAGCGGUUUACAAAAAAGAAACACUGAUACUCCAAGGUGAUCUCUGGAAAAAUCUGGCCAAAGUGGAGAAAGAACUAUGCAGAAUGGAAAGACAAGGGGACAUGCCUUCGGAAAAAUACAGAUCAGAAUUGAGAGGCAGAUGGUUGGAACUGCGUAGGCAGCAGAGUCAAUGUGAUCUCACCAUUGGUUUGAUUAAUUUCAUCCACGGCAUAAAAAAUUUGAAGGAUGCAGAGAGGAAUUACUUCUUGAAAUGGAUGAAGUUCAACCUGGACCAUAUUGCUAGGGGAAAUCUUUCCAAGUUACGUGCUGACUAUAAAGAGAAAUGCAAGACGUUAGGAGAUGAUGGGCGGAAGAUUGCAGAGGUAGACCAGUUGAUCUCAUCCUCUUCCUUGGGAGUUGAGCAUUUCAUGCGUGAGCUGGGGCAGUUCUAUGAGGCAGAAUGCUCAAUGGUUAAUGAGGGCAAAAUAGCUAAAAACAAUAGACAGUUUGCCCAUUUCCCAAGCAUUGCAGCUGAACUACUGCUGGAAGGGUUUCCCCUGGAGCUCAUUGAUGGUGAUGCAUCCAAUAUCCCCCUGCAGUGGAUAACUGAUGUUCUGAAUAAACUCAAUAACAAACUUAGGGGACAAUCCAAGAUGAUGGUGAUAACCGUUCUGGGGGUGCAGAGCACUGGGAAAUCGACCCUUCUGAACACCAUGUUUGGCCUGCAGUUUGCUGUCAGCAGUGGGAGGUGCACACGAGGUGCCUUCAUGACGCUUCUUAACGUCUCAGAGAAUUUGGUUCAGGAUCUUGGCUGUGACUUCAUCCUGGUAAUAGACACAGAGGGCUUGAAAGCCCCUGAACUGGCCAAAAUGGAAGACAGCUAUCAGCAUGACAAUGAGUUGGCCACUCUAGUGAUUGGGCUGAGCGACAUCACCAUUGUCAACAUGGCCAUGGAGAAUGCCACCGAAAUGAAGGACAUCCUGCAAAUUGUGACCCAUGCCUUCCUCAGGAUGGAGAGGAUUGGGCAAAAACCCAACUGCCAGUUUGUUCAUCAGAACGUCAGUGAUGUUUCUGCACAUGACCAAAACAUGAGGGACAGGAAGCAUCUUUUGGAACAGCUGAAUGAAAUGACCCAGGCUGCAGCAAAAAUGGAAAAACUCAAUAGGGAUAUCAAGUUUUCAGACAUCAUGGACUACGACCCAGAAAUGCACAAUUGGUACAUCCCAGGUCUUUGGCAUGGAGUCCCACCCAUGGCCCCAGUUAACAUGGGAUACAGUGAAAAAGUCCUUGAAUUAAAGAAGUACAUAUUUGAAUUCAUAAAGAACCGCUCAUGUAAAAUACCUCCCAAGGACAUCCCUCAGUUUAUUGAAUGGGUGAAAAGUCUGUGGAAUGCUGUGAAACAUGAGAACUUCAUCUUCAGCUUCCGAAACAGCCUCAUAGCAGAAGCUUAUAACCAGAUCUCCAUGAAAUAUUCUGAAUGGGACUGGCAUUUUCGCAGAGAGAUGCACCUCUGGGUGUCUGAACAGGAAGCGUCAAUACAGAAUGCUUCUCCCGAUGAAUUUGAUAAAGGCAGUUUUAAAAAUGAGCUUUAUCAGCAGCUGUUGGCUGGAGAAGAGCAAAUUUUGGAGAAUUUGAAGCAAUGCUUUGAAAGCAGAGCAGCAAAUCUGCAUUUGGUAGAAAGGUACAGAGAAGAUUUUGUCCGCAGUGCUCACAGCCUCAAGCAGGAACUGGAAAGUUAUUCUUACAACAAAUGUCAGGAAGCUGUUCGCAUUAAAAAGGGGCUUCACAAGAUUCACUCUCUACAAACUGAAUACUUGAAUAUAAUUGAAGGAAAGGUUGAUGGGCUACUUAAAAAAUGCCGGGAAAAUGAAGAUAGGAUUGAAGAUCAAGAACUGAAAAAAGAGUUUGAAAGAAUGUGGAUGGAAACAUUGUCAGAAAUAUCACCUGUUCCCUUAGAGAAACGACAAAUAUAUGAAGAGGUUGACUUAUAUUUGAGAAGGGAAUUGUUACAUCGAGGAUGCCCAGUCAAUGUAAAAUUACAGGAAGCAAAAUCUUUGUUAAGCUACAGAAUGAAUACUUUUCAAAUGAAAUCUGAAUAUAUGGAUUCAACAUGGUGGCGCCGUGUGAAACGCUACUUUGCUAAAAAGGAGUGUUUGCAUGAGAUAGAAGAACUUGCUAACUCCUUGAUGGCUAAAUGCAGUUCCUACAUUUGUAAAAAGGUUGAUUCCAAAGGAGACUAUGAUGAUACAUAUUGUGGUGAACUUUUACAGAUUAUCAAUGAAAUGCUUCAACAGUCUGAUGCUCAGAAACUUCCCAUAACAACACGGUUUGAAGUAGAUCUAAAGCUGCACAUUUUGGGGGAAGCAGCUCAUGAAUUUCAAAAGAUGCAUGAAGAGUUUAUUAAGGAAAAUGAUCCCUAUAUACGCUUAGAGAAACUGAAGCCUCAUUAUUUCUCAAUUUUCAGAGAUCUUUAUCUGGAAAAAGAUGCCCAGCAAACCAGAGCCAAGAAUUUCUGUGACCAGUGUCUCCAUCCUGCCCUUGUGAGUUAUAUCAACAAAAGACUUGGGAUAGAAAUAGUAGAUGAUAUUCUCAACAGUGCACAGUCCAUUGGGUAUGCCAGUCGGAGCUUCUUCCAGUUCACUGUCCUGAAGGAACUGUUGGAAGAGGGUAAUGUCGACAGUUACGUAAAAUACAUCAGGGCUUAUGAAACGUUUGUCAAAAACUGGAUCCAGAAACAAAUUUUGGAUUACUAUGCAGAGAAUGAGGGUCUGAAGAAACUGGAGGGAGAGAUUCUCUCUGCAAUAGUAAAGAAAAUUAUAGAAACACUGGAAAAAUUAAAGCAUCAAGAUAUUGAGACAGUCUCAGAAUUUUUGGACAGUUUUUGCAGAGAAAUGCAGAAGGAGUUAAUAAUUUCUAAGGGCAGUCUGUUAGGGGUACAGUUUAAGAAUGCAACGGAUCCUGCACAGUUUUCUGCUUAUGUUGAAAACUUCCUUGCCGAUUUGCAACAGCAAAUAAUAUUCGAAUGUGAUAUCCUGGAUCUCCAGUCUAAACUCUCCAAACUGCCUGUGAGCCCGCAGGAUGAGAUCUUCAAGCGGGUGUUUGGCUGUGGGAAGCAGUGUCCUUUCUGCAAAGUCCCCUGUGAAGCUGGAGGGAGUGCUCAUCAAGAGCAUUUUGCAACUGUCCAUCGGCCUAAAGGACUGGGAGCAUACAGAGAAAUAGUGUCAGAAAAGCUUGUUUAUGGUAUCUGUUCCACUGCUGUGGCUUCCAACGCUGAGUUCAAAAAUCAGGACACAAAUUGGGAACUCUAUCCAUACAAAGAUUAUCGUUCAUAUUAUCCAGACUGGUGCAUCCAACCAGAUCCCAGUAUCAAUGCUUCAGAUUACUGGAAGUUUGUUUUGAACAAAUAUAACCAUGAUUUUGCAAGAAUAUAUGAAGCUAAACCAGCUGAUCUGCCAGAGGACUGGAAAAACAUUACUGAAGAACAAGCACUGAAGGCCUUAAAGGACAUUUAUAAUAUGAAGUGAGCAUUCUUAGCAGAAGAGAAACCUGGAUCUUCUUCCCAUGAAAGCAUUCCACAAAGUAUGCCAAUCUUAAUAACACAGAAAAGGCCCCUUGAAAAUUAAAAUGGAUCUCUUUGAAGGACCCCUAACACUGAUUGAUAGGGCAAAUAGGGUUCUGCAUCCCUAAGUCCCUGGCUGGAUUUCCAUUUAUUUCACUGUGCCUUAUGUUUUGUGCCACAUACCUUUAUCACUGUGUUCAUCUUCUGCAUUCAGGUGCACGUUUAUCCAAUCUCAUUUUUCUUCUCUUUCCCGAUUGUUCUUAAUCCAGAGCAUAUUAUUUAUCCUGAGCAGCAAUCUUUCCUCUUCCCCUCCAUUGUAUUAAAAUACUGCUGCUAACUUGGAAUUUGAAAUUCACCAGGUGAUGGCAGCAGUACAGCUCACCCCCAACUCAGACUUGCUCAUAGUGGGGGUUCUACAGAUGGUAACCUUGCUUCCCUUCCUGUUUAUUAUUAUUACUCUCUCAGUUAUCACGAUAAUUUCAUGUAAUUGUCUACAGGAAUGCAAUGUAUUCUGUAAUGCACUACCUUGCAAUGAAAGCAAUAUUAAUAAACAUAUAUUUUAAAAGUUCUACCACUUUAAAAAAUCCAUUAGUCUUCAACUUCUCUCUGGAGAAGUUUUCAGGACAAAAUAAAAAAAAAAUCCUUCCAAUAGCACCUUAGAGACCAAAAUCAUAGCUGUCAACUUACAGAUUUGAAAAUAAGUUACCAGCAGCCUCGAAAAUAAGGGAUCAGGAGCCAAAAUAAGGGAUUUUAGACAACCAGCAGCCAAACGAAGCCUCAAGCGGUGGUUCCCAUGUUGUGACUAGCAUGAAGUGGGGGCUGCCCAGCUCCCCUCAUUCCCCGCAAGCCUUCCUUUCACCGUGCCCUCCGCCUCUCGCUUCUUCCCCGCUCGCUCAUCUCUCCCCACCACACUUCCUAGGGAGGAAGAGAGGAAGGGAACGGUCUCUCCAGCUCCGCAGCCGAGCCGAGGACAGCUGCACCCCCGCCGGGAGAGGCAAGGCGAGAGGGCAGGGAGGACAUUGGGCCUGUGUUGCUAACCCCCUCGUUCCCCGGCGGGAUGGAGACUGCUGCUCCUCCCGCCUCAGUUUUCUUUCGACGACGCACGGCCUGUUGAGUUUUUCUUGGAAUCUGAUAGCGCCCUGAGCGCGCAGAGGCAGCGGGAAAGGGCUUGGGGGGGGGGGAGACGGAUGCCGCGGAGCAGCGCGCGGCUGCGGGGUGUAGUUGUUGUUGCUGCUGCCGGCGGCGGCGGCGGCGGCGAGGAGAAGGGUCGGAGAGGCUCAACUCUCAACUCCCAACUCAGACUUGCUCAUAGUGGGGGUUCUACACAUGGUAACCUUGCUUCCCUUCCUGUUUAUUAUUAUUACUCUCUCAGUUAUCAUGAUAAUUUCAUGUAAUUGUCUACAGGAAUGCAAUGUAUUCUGUAAUGCAUUACCUUGCAAUGAAAACAAUAUUAAUAAACAUAUAUUUUAAAAGUUCUACCACUUUAAAAAAUCCAUUAGUCUUCAACUUCUCUCUGGAAGAACAGACUGUUUUCAGGGACAAAAUAAAAAUAUUCCUUCCAGUUGCACCUUAGAGACCAACUAAGUGUUUUCAGGGAGACACACAAGUCCUUUUCAGAAUGCCUUGAUUGGUUGGGUGAUGAGAAAUUCAGGAUGGUUGAUCUACUGAUGUACCACUCUAGAUCCUUCCAUGGUUCCUUCCAAGUCUCCUAGUUAAGGACAUUUAUCUUCACUUCUACAGAACUGCAACAAGCAAUACAGAUGCAAGAGUUCAGAAUUUUAAAUGGACAAAGAAACAAAAGGUUUAGAGAUCUUCGAAAUGCAGGCAGACGUCAUCCAGGUGUAUAUCCCUUUGCAGACUGUGGGUUUAACCACAUGGGCAUUUAAUGUGUAUUUUAAGCUGGAUGUGUCUCAGUUCUUUGGGUGUUGUCCACUUGAGGUUCUACCUCUCCAACAGCUUUUUCCACAGUAAAUUAUUUUCUUCCCAAAUCAGGGGAAAUCCAGUAAGGGAAGUGUAUCAAAUAUAAAAUUGUUGCCUGACUGUGAAUAUCACAGAGUUCAUUGUGUGGGCGGGUGGUUUCUGGUGACAUUUUUUGUGGCGCCAUUUAUCUCUCUGCUCUCUAGGUCCGUUGUGCUUUCUUGUGAGCUACAUAUCAUAGAAUUGUGAGGAUCCUCUAGUGUCUAGUCCAACCUAUGCAGCUGUCCCACACAGGGAUCAAACCUGCAACUGUGGCAUUAUCGGCACCAUACUCUUUACCAACUGAGCUAUCCAGGCUCAGUUAGUAUAUGCUGACAAGUCCUCACUCCUGUCAGCAGUCAUGUGGCAGCAUCCUGCACUAACUGCAGCCUCUGGAUAAAGUGUGAGGGAUGCCCCACAUCCAUCAUCAUCAUCAACAACAACAACAACAACAAUAAUAAUAUAUUUAUAGUUCCACAGCCACUAAACAGGGCUGCCUUCAGAUGUCUUCUAAAAGUCAGAUAGUUGUUUAUUUCUAUGACAUCGGAUGGGAGGGUGUUCCACAGGGUGGGCACCACUACCGAGAAGGCCUCUGCCUGGUUCCCUGUAACAUCACUUCUUGCAGAGUGUAGAGUGCAUUGCAGUAACCCAGUCUUGGAAGUUACCAAUGCAUGAACUACUGUGGCAAGGUUUUCCGGUACAGAAAUGGCUGUAGCUGUUGAACCGGCCACAGUUGGUAAAGGCAUUUCCAGCCACUGAGGCUACCUGAGCCUCCAGUGACAGAGCUGGAUGGAGAAGCACCUCCAAACUGUGAACCUGCUCCUUCAGCGGAAGUGCACCAUCAUCCAGGGUAGGCAGCAGACAAAUUUCUCAGGCGCAGGAGCUAUUCACUCUGUCUUUCCAGGAUUCAAGCUGAGCUUGUUUUCCUUAACCAUUUAACCACUGUGUCCAGACAAUAACCCAGACACUGAGCAGCCUCUCAGAUGUUCAGAUAUUUUGGAGAAAUAGAGCUGAGUGCCUUCAGCAUACUGAUGGCACCUCGGCCCGAAAAUCCUAAUGCCCACUCCCAGCAGCUUCAUGUAGAUAUUAAAUAGCACUAGAUAUAAGAUAGGGGCCCCUGUGGCACCCCAUACCGUAGCUGCCAGGGGGUCGAAAGGCACUCGCCCAAUGCUACUCUCUGGCUCGGUCCUGGCAGUAGGCUUGGAACUAUGGUAAUACAGUGUCCCCGAUUCUCAUUCCCCAGGAGGAAAUCAUGGUUGAUGGUGUCAAAAGCCAGCAAGUGAUCAGGAAGCAGGAGCAAGGUAUCACUUCUGCUGUGUCACUCUCCGCAAAGCUCAUUCGUCAGGGUGGCCAAGACCCACUUGGGGGCUCAUCCACAUUUCUGCUUGUGCCAUGAUUAAACAGCACAGGUUUAAGCAGUUUUCCACUUGACCAGUGCUUUCUAGGCAUGGAGCCAAGUGGUUUCCCACUUGGCGCACUCCUUUCAAAGGGCAAGCCCCCUUUAGGUAGCGAUAGAACAAAUAGCAAUCCAGGGAACACUCAAAUUUCCAUUUGCUCCGAUUUGAGCGCUAAAAAGAGGUUUUCCCCAGGGGAGAGCUGCAGGAGAAAAGCAAGUGUGGAUAAGCUCUCAGUUCUCUAGUCAGGACUGAACCCAUAUUGGAAAGGAUCUCCGUAAUCCAUAUCCUUCAAGAAUGCUUGCAGCUGCUCCACUACAGCCCGCUCCACCACCUCCCCCCAAAACGGGAUAUUUGCAACUUGCUGGUUCCAUUCCAAACCAUGGCUGUCCUCAUCUCUCGUUCAGGGAAUGCAAAAGAGACAGUGUCGACACCAGUGAGUAUCGUCUGAUUCAUUUUGGAGGCUCUUGCAAUUUAGGGUGUCUAUCUUAAAUCACUUUUCAGUUAUGAUUAUUAUUUAUUGAAUUUAUAUACCACCCUAUACCUGUAGGUCUCAGUGUGGUUCACAGAACAAAAUAAAAAUAAAAGGAGGGCCUCAGAAGGUGAAUGAAUGAAUUUUAUUAUUACAGUCACAGACCAGUUCCGGCUCACUUACAAUAUCAGGAAAAUCAUAAAACACGACAGGAAUACAUUGCAUUGCAAUUGGGUAUAACAGAGACAAUUCGGAUACAGCGGCAGUUAAAAAUAUAUAUUAAAACUUGUUCAUUAAAAUAUAACCUAAAAUUGUCAUUUAAACCCUUAAUCGUUUUGGUAAUACAGCUUGUUCCCUAAGUUUUAUGGCAGUCGCACAGAAUUUGGCCACCCUUAGCGUGAUCUCUAGAUCCUUGUCCUCUACCAGGAGUUUUAGACAUUGAAGUUUGGACCCAUUUGGAGAUUUUGUAUAACAGGAGUGAUAAAUACUGAGCUUAUAUCCCCAUAGAAACGGCAGCGUAACAAUACAUGAGAGACAGUUUCUACCUCCAUCAAGCUGCAGGGGCAGACUUGUUCCACAUAUGGUUUACCCUCGAAUCUGCCCUGCAAUAAGGCAGAUGGCAGCACAUUGAAUCUAGCGAGGGUAAAUGAACGUCUGUAUUUGGGUAUUUGUAAUUGUGGGUAUUUGUAAUUUUGACAAAUAAUUUGCUGGGGUAAAUCCUCUUCAAUUAUCUUUUAUAGCUGGGUGUUCAUCUCGCUCAUGUGGCUUGGCAGUUCCACAUCCCAAAUUCGUUGGUGGAUUAUUGCUCUAGCUUUCUCAUAACCUACAGCUAUCAGGACCUGUGGGGAAAACCCCAAGGUAAUAUAGAAGUUGAAUAAAGUAGGUGCAAGGACGCAGCCUUGUUUAACACCAUGGGAGGUUUGGAUUUCCUUGGAUAAACUCAGAAGGUGAUCUCAGGGUCCGGGUAGGUUCAUAUGGAAAGAGGCGGGCUUUGAGGUAUUGCGGUCCUGAGCCGUUAAGGCUUUAUAGGUCAAAACCAGCACUUUGAAUUGGGCCCAGACAUUAACUGGUAGCCAGUGCGGUCAGACCAGCAUUGGUGUAAUAAGUUCAAACUGUCUUGCUCCAGUGAGCAACUAGAUGGGAGGUAGAUAUUUGCAGCCCAGCAUUUUGAAUGGAGGGCUUAAAAACCUCAGAGCUUCUUAAUUGCUAGAGAAGGCUCUGCGAGGUUACUUACCCUCUCCUCCUGAGAGGAAGUAAAGCUUUCUUCCAAUUCCUCUCUUUCUUUGUCUCUCUCUCCUUUGUGGAACACGUGUCUGAGCUCCUCCCUGAACCCAGACUCCAUUUUGGAACUGGCUUUGUAAUUUUGUACUCAGUUAAUUUGUCUACCUGCAUUGCUUUUGCUGUGGCGCUCAGAUCUAUGACUAAGACCUUGUAUUAUGGAAGUAGUAAACCUUUUAAAACUUAUGCAACAUGUGGUCCAAUUCAUUGCCAGAGCGGUAGAGAUGGGAGAGCACAUUGUCAGUGCCUAAUACUGGGAUAUUUAAAAGGCCUAGCAACCUAAAUUUCCUGUGCUUUGCAAACGCAGAUACAUAAUUGAACAAGUUUCUGCAUGCUUUUUAAACUACCACUUCCACCCUCAUGACUCGCAUGAAAAGAGGAUCAGAAUCAAUCUCCCUCCAUUUGCAGAGGGCUGAGGAAAAUGACAGUCCUUUCCCCUUAACUCAUAGUGAGUUCCAUGAGACGGCAUUCCUUUUUCCUUACUCCUUCCCGGUGAGGGCAAGGAGCCUCUGUGCCUCGUUUCUGCAGUUGAUGGCUCUGAGGACCUCGGCCGUCACCUGCACAGCAUAAUCUUCCAGGUAGAAACUCAGAAGGUGGUGGCUUAAGUCCACCACAUCUGCCUUCUCCAGUGUCCCUAGGGGGAUGUUGUCAUAGCCCUCCCUGAGGGGGAACUUGUUGAGCUUGAGCUUGAAUUUCUUGAGUUCAUCCUCCCACAAGUUCUCCAGCGUGGACAUCAGGCAGUCUGCGAUGGUCUUCUCCACUGCCCUGCAAUGUCACCCCCAGCAGCAAGGAAAAGCAGACACAAAACAAGAGAAGCUCAGCAAAUGGACCUGGGAAUGAGGCAGAUCAUUGGAAGAUACUGCCAACUUCCACAACAAGGAAUGACACUGAGGGGAAGAGGUUGGCUGCUACAUGGAGCCAAAAUGGGAUAAAGGAGGUCAAAUGACCUGUAUUUCAACGUUCCACUGCUGCCUGACCAUUCUAGCACUGGGAGAGCUGAGAAGCAGAAUUCCCUUCAUCAGCUCUGCUGUGAAAGGCCCGCUCCAUCGUGCAUGUUAUGUUUUGCUGGAAGCCGCCCAGAGUGGCUGGGGCAACCCAGCCAGAUGGGUGGGGUAAAAGUAAUACAAUGGUACCUUGCGAUAAGAACUGAAUUCGUUCUGGAGGCCCGUUCUUAACCUGAAACUGUUCUUAACCUGAGGUACCAUUUUAGCUAAUGGGGCCUCCUGCUGCCGCCGCAUCGCCACCAAACGAUAUCUGUUCUCAUCCUGAAGCAAAGUUCUUAACCCGAGGUACUAUUUCUGGGUUAGCGGAGUCUGUAACCUGAAGCGUCUGUAACCUGAAGCGUCUGUAACCUGAAGCGUCUGUAACCCGAGGUACCACUGUAUAUUAUUAUUAUUAUUGGUCUUUACUUUGCAACUGGGGCUCUCUCCUAGUGGAGUGUGUGUUCAGCCCCAGCUUUUUAAUCUAGAUACCCAGGAAUUUUCCUCUUGUUAAUUCCCGCACGCACACAGGUCACAGGAAUUAAUAUAUUUUCCCAUCUCCUUCAAGAGAAAUGGGUUAAUCCCUACCUGCCUUCUGCAUCACGGCCUGAGUCAGUUCUCUGGGAUGGUGUAUGGGGCAAUGAGUAGCCACAAUCACCUGGAAAGGAGAGAGAGGGGGGAGGAUAUGAAUGAAGCAAGCAGAAACUAUAAGAAAUUGAUGACGAUGGGAGAUGAGUUAUUGGGAGCCCAUGCACUGGAUUCCUCUGGCAUGUCUAGAUAGCUGAGUUCAGCCAAACUUUAAAAACCUAGGUGUUUUUAAAGAUCUUGAUCAGGCAGCAAAGAACAUGAUGAAACCAGGUCAGCUUGUCUAGGAAGGCUCUUCCAUGACAUUACAAAUGUUACUUUUUAUUAUUAUUCUGCCAUGUGUGUAGCGCUGUAUCACCAGUUGCUCUGUGCCACCUUGGGAGGGAGGUGGGAUAUAAAUACAGGGAAAUAAAACUUGCUUACCUUGUACUGGGAGUAGAAUAGAGGAAUUCAUCUGACCUGGAUCUAACUCUUCUGCAAGAGAACAGGAAAGAGGCAGUCAAAGAGGGACUGUGACUGGGAUGCUCUUUGCCGUCCUGCCUCCCAACCUACAGUCCAACCUUGUGAUCUUCCCUCGGUCAAAACACACCUUGUUUCACAUGGGCCUUCCAGAUGAGCUUAUUUGUGCGCUUCUCCACCAGCGUGAAGAUGAACUUCUCUUGCAUUUGCUCAGCAGACAGCUCCACGUACUGCUGCAGCUUCUCAGCAUCCAGGUAUUGAAACUUCACUUCCUGCGGGGAAAGCGAGAAACCACUGUAGGUGUGAAUGUGGCUUAGCCCCGCCCAUGAUUCCAAGAAAGUCAAAUUAAAGGGCAAGCAGGGGUCCUGCUUUAGUUCCUUCCCAUUCUCAUGCAUCACAGCUUAGCUCUGCACUGACAGAAUUUUUCAUCAUCUUUUGUCUCACCUCAGGCCAGAUUGUGACGUCGUCUAAGGUCUGCACAAAGACGGGAGUGCCAAUCUUCAGACUUUUCAGGGUCCCAGGGGGUUUCUCUAUUCUCCGUGAAUGGCAAUUUGCUUCAUGCUCAUCCACAGCCUGGGAAGGGCAAACAAGGUCACUUUUGAGACAUGCAAAGAAGGCAGCAAGCUCCUACGAUACUGGGUCCCUUUCAAAUUGGGCAUUUGGAGCAGAAGCUCAGCUCUUUUACUUGAAACCCCACAACUUUCUUGGCACAGUUACAGUAGAUAAGGCAGGGAUAGGAAAUCUGCUGCCUUCCAGGUGUUGUUGGCUUUCCUUCAGCCCCAGCCAGCAUGGGGCAAGGAUGGUGGAUGUUGUAGUCUAACAACACCUGAAAGGACACAGGUUCUCCAUCCACAGGGCAAGGAAAACUAAACUGCUUUGGCACUAGAAACUAUAAUGGGGACAGGAGAUUUAUUGGCCACAUGAGAAACUGAAGUUGGGGCUCUUGGAUUGGCUACCUUGAACUGUGACACAGCAGAGAGCUACCAGCAACCCUGGGUCAGUCUCCUGAUAAGACAAUGCAGGAACCCACAGAAGGAAUUAUACUUCAAUAUUACUAUGAAAUAUAAGGCAACAUUUCUAGGAGCACUGAAAUUGAUAAGGCAAAAUAACAGUGUGCUUUAUCUCCAACAUGCCAACAUUGCAAACCAGGAGGGAUGUUUUCCUCAAAGAGCUCAUAAGUACAGUGGUACCUUGGUUUAAGAACAGUACUGGAAGUAGUGUCCUGGUUUGAGAACUUUACCUUGGUCUAUGAACGGAAUCUGAAUGGUGGAAGAUUGUGUGUGAGAUUGUAUGGGAAAAAUAUGGAAUAACAGGUACAAUCUUGCUUAAAAUGUAUAUAGGAAGUGCAGUGUAAGCAAUGGAAGUCAAUCAAUUACAUUUUAUUAUUGAGAUAUUUGUAGAAUAAAUUUGGAGGAAAUUCUUCCAAUUUUUCUUCUUUUUCUCCUUAUCUUUGCUUUUUCUUUUUUCUUUUGUUCCUUUUCUUCUUUUUUGUUAUUUUUAUAUAUAUGUGUGCUUAUCUAAAAUAUAUAUGUAUGUAUGUAUUUACAAUAUUUUGCUUAUAUUUUGUAAUAAUUGUGUUAAAUAAAAUGUAAAAAAUAAAAUAAAAUAAGGUCCCUUACAAAUCUGAAUAAUAGGAUUGAUAACUAAAAAAAAAGGGGGGGGGAGCGUGUCCUGUUUUAAGAACGGUUUCAGUUUAAGAACGGACUUCCGGAAUGGAUUAAGUUCGUAAACCGAGGUACCACUGUACCAAGUCUUUUGCUAAAUGAGCUAAGGGGAAUUUGCUCUUCAUGAAAUGUGUUUUCUCUGAGGGAAGCCCCACUGGCUUCAGUGUAGCAUAAAUAUAUUCCAUUUUCACAAUUUGGCAACAACUGCUAACUGGUUCUCUAGGCAAGACCUUUAACCAUUAACAAGGAGACUGCCAAACAAAUGAAAAUUGUUUAUUUCAAUAUUGGAAAGUUCACUUUUAGUAAACACUGCUGUUGUUGGGAACCUUGUGAAAGGCAGCUGAUAAUCUCAUUUCUGGUGGCAUUUUCAUGUCAGCUAUAAGUUUGUGCUAUAAGUGAGAGCUGGACCAAAAAGAAAGCUGAUCGCUGAAGAAUUGAUGCCUUUGAAUUAUGGUGCUGGAGGAGACUCUUGAGAGUCCCAUGGACUGCAAGAAGAUCAAACCUCUCCAUUCUGAAGGAAAUCAGCCCUGAGUGCUCACUGGAAGGACAGAUCCUGAAGCUGAGGACUAAACAAGAAGUUUGGUAAAUUAGCUGAAGCCCAACUAAAGCAGUUCACUAACAAUAGCACAUCCUGGUGCAUGAUUUUUGCAUUGUUAUUGUGUCAGGAUUAGCAUGAUCCAGGCAAUCUGGAAUGGAAAUCAAACUUGGGGGUUCCCGCUUACCUUUAUUAGGGAGGGGUCAUUGGGUAAGAGGUAUAGGUGGAAUAUUGGCAUUUUCAAUCGAAGUCUCUGAUAGAGCCUUGCCACAGUGUUGAUCUUUUGCUUAAACAUCUUUUUGAAAACGAUUCCAAGGGAAGAGAACUUGGGGUUUUCCAGCACAACGUGAUGAGGCUCCACUCGGUCUGGCUUCUCCAGAUUCAUCUCCCCUCUGACAAAAUGUGCAAUGUAGACCCCGGAAUGGUCUUCAGCUAAAAAGGAGCGCAAAGGAAGCAUAGACAAAUGUGUUACAAGUGUGGACUUGAGUCUGGGGGACAACAGGGCUGGCCCAGCACAAUGUGCCACUGAGGUAAAACAGAAAGUGCCGUCCUCAUGCUGUCUCCUCCCCAACCCCCAUCUGACACGGCCUCCUCCCGUGUCCUCCUCUGCUGCUCCCCCCUGACAAAAGACAAGAAAAGGGGUUUAAAAAGGAGGUCAAAAAGAAGGCCUGCAGGGGGAGGAAGCCAGAGCAGGUAGCGGCAUGGAGGAAGAGUCCCAAGCCUGUCACGCCUGAGGCAAUGGUUUCACCUCCCUCAUGGCUGGACUGAGUGACAAAAUUCAUCACUUCAGCCUGCCUGUUUCAUGCAAGUAUUUAUGUUGUCAUCAUCAUUCUUCUCAAUUAAAGUUUGUUUAUGUCAUUUUAUGGAACAAUAUCCUCUCAAGGCAGCUUGCAAACAAAAUAUGAUAAACCACGGGAAACAAUGGGAAUAGCACAGUUAAAAUAUAUAGUGGAACCUCAGUUGUCGAAUGUAAUCUGUUCCGGAAGACCGUUCAGCUUCUGAAACGUUUGACAACCGAGGCGCAAUUGCCGGUCAGAAGAAAUGUGAAAAAAAUGGAGAAAAGUACUUCAGAAGCCGUUUGACUUCCAAGGUGCGUUUGAAAACAAGCAUUCACUUCCGAAAUGAUCAACUUCCGAAGCGUUUGACAACCAAGGUUCCACUGUAACACAAAAAUGAUACAAGACACAGGAAAGCCAGCACUAUUGAGCCAUGGAACCCCAUAGCAUUCUUUUCUUCUCCUGUCCAUGAAAGUUAUUCCUGUUUAGGAUCUCCUCUUACGGUUAUACACUUGGAAGAUUUCCUUCCCUCCGCCCUACCUGAAAGAGACAGGAAGUGAGGGAUGUGAAUGGCUGUCACAGCCUCCACUACAUCCACUUGAAUGUUGAGCAGAGGGCCAGCGACAUGCAACUCCUCAGUGUUCUGUUCUUCCAGGAGCUUCAGCCACGAAUCAAAGUAGUAUGUUAAGGUCACAGCUUCUCUCACCUCACAUAUGAGAUCCGUAUCUAAACAAGAGAAGGAGCCAGCCUUUGUGGAGCUCACUCUGAAUGGCACAAAGGGGAAGAUGAAAGGGGAAGCGGAUUGAACAUGGAUGAAGAGAACUUCUGCUGUUCUAAUCAAUUUUUCUUCAAGGAGACCCUUCAUAUGCCAAGUAAGGAGGUGAAAAGUUUAGGGAAGGAAAUUGCCUGGGUAAACAUCGCUCUCUUGCAUUCAAGCAUUUUGCCAUAGAGAAACACUUUCACUAAGAGACGGCCUAAUAAAUAAAACACGUUUUCUUCCGAUAUGGGAAAGGUGACUUUUAAAUGCUCAAGUGGGUACAAAGUAAACUUGUGAGUAGCUACUCACCUUGUUUUCACCAGUGUUUUGGUGUUUGUUAGCAUUUCAGUGAAAAUUCUCAUAGCAAAUAUUCUGCAACAUGUACCCCUUUUUGCUCUAAAUACUGGACCUAGCCUCCCCCAAAACUUCUUUCAAGUAAUUGGAAGAGACUCAGGUGUAAAAAAGUGGACCAGUCACCAUUACAUCUAGUUUGCCCCAUAGUCAGCACUCCUGUUUGUUAUUUGAAUGGGUCAAGAGCUGGUGAAAAGCAGGAUAGAAUGCAGAUGGGGAACAUUUAUUUAUUUGAUUUAGCUUCCUUACUUGCUCUUUUCCAUAAGGACCCAGGGCAGGUUACAACAAUGAAAUAUACAAUUAUGAAAACAAAACAUUUAGAACCAAGAGGUAAGGAGAAGUAUAAAAUCAGUUAAAAAACAGUUCCAUAGUUUAAAAUAUAUAUAUAUAAACAUUUUUAAAAUUCAUAUACAAAAGCAUUUGAAAGUACUUCCAAUGCAGGUGGAGACUGAGAUGAAGAUCUAAACUCUUUUUGGAGGAAGAAGGUCUUCAGAGCAACAUCACCUGUCCAAUGUAUAAUGGGAGAGGAUUCCAAAGGGUCAGAAUCCCAAAAUUCAAAUCACAGUUUCAACUGUUCCCUGACGUGAGAAAUCCUUAAAAGAUCCAAGAGAAAUUUCACACACCUGUAUUUUUGGUGACCCCCUUCUGAGUCCCAAACCAUGUCUGGUUUGAUUUUUUCUGGAAGCUCCUACAAGAAAAUGGUAACCAUUAGUGUGGAGGGCAGAUCUCUUUUCCCAUCUGAAAACAGGGUAUUCUGACACCCCUGAGCUUGCCAAUCGGAAGGUUGGCGGUUCGAAUCCCCACGAUGAGGUGAGCUCCCGUUGCUCAGUCCCUGCUCCUGCCAACCUAGCAGUUCGAAAGCAAGUAGAUAAAUAGAUACCGCUCUGGCAGGAAGGUAAAUGGUGUUUCCAUGAGCUGCUCUGGUUUCACCAGAAGUGGCUUAGUCAUGCUGGCCACAUGACCUGGAAAAACUGUCUGCGGACAAACAUCGGCUCCCUCGGCUAGUACAGCGAGAUGAGCGCUGCAACCCCAGAGUCAUCUGCAACUGGGUUUAACUGUCAGGGGUCCGUUACCUUUUUAAUAUGUGUGAGACUGCACAUGCACACAUCAUGCCGAACCCAGAAGUGACUCAGAAAUGCCAUAAAAAACACAUACCUACACUAUAAAAAAUAAUUUACCGGUAAGUAUCACCACACCACCCCUCCUCUCCCCGACCUUAAACUAUACUCAACUCUAACGUCUCAUAAAAAAUGUAACGGAUCUGCUGAAAAGACUGCUGAAAAAAACCCCAUGUAAAUGGGGAAUUGUCUGCAUAGGACUGCUGCAACUCACACAAACUCAACAACAUUCACCCUCCUGAUAAGUAAGGAUAAUGGAAUAAGUGUUCAGGCAUUUGGAGCCAAGAUGCGCUCAGAGAAUUAACUUCAGGAGGCUGACACCUGAAGUCUCACACAAGCUGAAUGCACAUCAAUGGCCUAUGUUUAAAGCACAGGAAACUGCAGGAGGAUUACAGGGGGAGGAUGACCACAGCAUGUGGACCCUCUGUAAAAUGGGUGCGAGGCGCACUGAACAGGAAUCACAGCAUGGAAAGUCCACUGCAAUGCCGCUGGCAAUUCUGCAGAAGUGUGAUGAUUUCUUAGCACCAGGAGCCACCUGUCUAGAGGCAGCCUUUGAAGCUGAACAGCAAGUUCAUUAAUUAAUGUACACAAUGAAUUAGAAAUUCAGAUUCAGAACCUUUGCUUUAAAAGGUACCAUUGGUGAUGCAAAUGAUUAAAACUGCAUCCUCUUACCUCACUGGAGCACCAGCUACCCCGGUCACUUUCCCCAGAACCGGCCAGGUUUUCCAUCUUCAUGCUUCCUCCUUCCUCUGCAAACAGGGGGGAUUCUAACUGUAGCCCUGAGUGGCCAGAAGUCUGGACUGGAUCUUGCCCCGAGCCUGUAAAAGAAAUACAACUCUUUACCUGAAUUUAUUGUUGCAAGGAGGAAGGAGGAAAUUGCAUUGUCCUUGGACUCUAAGCCAAACUCACCACGUAUUGCAAGCAGCAGAUUCUGGAUGGAACCCGGAUGUUCCAUUUCUACACAUUCAAGGAACUGGCAACAAGCUUGCUCCCCCCUUCCCUGGAUCAUACGCAGCAAUUUUUUACUGUUUUCAUUGGAGUCUUCCUCUGCUUCCAGCAAGUCCCAGAAUUCUUCCCGUGUGAUAAUAUAGCGAGAGUAUAACACAUGUAAAAAGUUUCUUCCAAGAAUUUCAAUUAAUUCUUUCCUUCCCUUGCAGAUAAUCUUCUUAGCAGAGAUUACUCCUUCCAGGGGCCUGUCGCAGAAAUGUUCCAUUUGUUUUAGGCAUCAGGAGAGGGGGAAAAAGCCUUAGAAUCUGGUUAGGAUACAAGCUGGGCCUGAGGUUCCCCACGCCUGGUCUCCUGCCCUUGCUGACCCUCUCGGCCAUCUGCGAUCUGACUCUCAUCUGCCGCCCGGAAAACAUGCUUAAAUAAUCCGUAAUGAAAAGAAACUAUGAUGUGAUUUGCCACCACUUUAAUAACUGUCAAGUAUAUAUCUAGUCUUUGUGGUCCACUUUGCAUCUUUCUCCAGGUUGUACCCCACUGCCUGGCCUUAGUGACAUUUUCUGCUUGCAAAGCAUGACCAAUGGCUGAGCAUACAGAAGCUUGAACUGGCUGACAGGUUGCCCUCUGGCCUCGCACCCAAGAUUUCUUCAAGGAUGAGUCUCCCCACAUUGACCAGGAAACUAUUACUUAUCAUCCUUGUUUCUAGCUGCAUCACCCUCCCAAGGAAAUUGCUAAUGUUGCCUCGUGCCAACUAACGUGAAAUGCUGCCAGACAGGAGUCCUAGCCCUUUCUCUGUAAGCUGCCAAGCAAAAUAGCAAUGAACUUACCACACUUUUUCCUUUCCCACCUCUCUCUGCACUCUGUCCACAUCAGCGGGCAUGACCAGGUCAUCUGCGAGUGGGAAAGAUCCAUAACAGUUGUUUAUUCCCCCAUAGUCUUAUUUGUUUAAUCCCCCCCCCCCAAAAAAAACAUUUAUUGGUGCGAAACUAUUUAUGUUCUUAAUCUCCAUCCAAUACCCCAGGUGGGGGGGGGUGUCACACUGACUCCCCACCCCCACCCCAAAUAUAUUUCCAGUGUGUAUGGCAAGUGGGAGUGGAAUUGAAUGCAGAGUCCAUAUACAGUGUAAUUUCUGUGUUGUCAAAGCAGGCUUGACUGCAUCCAAACCGCACGACCAGAAGUUAUUCAAAGGUGGCAGAAUUUAUCUAUGCAGCAAAUGUUGGCCCCUUCCAAUUGAGUAAACAACACAAUUUCUCCUCCUUGAAUAAGCUAUGGUUUUGAUUUUCAAUUUUAAGCGAUAUAUAUUUUAAAGUAAAACUGUUACAAAAAAUAUUGGGGGAGUUGUAAAUUGUCUAGAAGAAACUAUUUCAACUCACUGCACUGGAAAUUUUUCAGAAAUAACCUUUGUGGAAAAUGCCAUUUAAUUUCCUGCCUCCCUCCUCUUCCUUUUUUUCACAUAGUUUGGCUAUUACAGUGGUACCUCAGGUUAAGAACUUAAUUCGUUCUGGAGGUCUGUUCUUAACCUGAAACUGUUCUUAACCUGAAGCACCACUUUAGCUAAUGGGGCCUCCUGCUGCCGCCGCACCGCCGGAGCAUAAUUUCUGUUUUCAUCCUGAAGCAAAGUUCUUAACCUGAGGUACUAUUUCUGGGUUAGUGGAGUCUGUAACCUGAAGCGUAUGUAACCUGAAGUGUCUGUAACCCGAGGUACCACUGUAUUGGCAUAGGCAGACACCCUUAACGGUAUUUUGUGCCCCCCAAAAGCAUUGGGCUGGACACAACUCAAUGCCACCUUGUAGAGGAUGGUGAGCAUAUUAUCUGAAGUGACCCUGAGGUUAUUUUGGGGUACACAUGUUCACUUCCUCUUUCUUUUUCUACAUAUUGAGGAUAUUUGGUGUGACCCAAAACUUCUUGCGGGUUUCAAAUCACCACAUAGCAAUGAGCAUUGUUCAAAACUGAUGGCUGUUUAUUCCCAAAUUCCUUACCUUCCCUGUCUGCCUGCAGCUCACAGUUGAUGGCUUUCAGAACUCUAGCCGUCACUUCCAAGGCAUAAUCCGGGCCAUAGUAGACUGUUGGGAUACUGCCAGGGAGAUAAAGUCCAUCAUGGCCCCAAGCCGUCUGCCGGACGAUCCAUCGACCUCCCGUAGGCACGCAGUAUCAUCAACUAGCGACAUGAGUUUCUAGAAGAUUUCUUGCCACAUUCCAGAGCUCAUGCACACUCUAUCAGCAGAUAGUCACAGCAAAAGUUGCACCCAGGAGAGCAUUAUUUACAAGUUUAUUCAGCGUUGAUCAGAACACAGAAAAACAUGACCGACUGCUUUAGUGUCUGCGACACCAGAGAGAAAACGAAAGCAACAGCAAACAUAAACAUCCUGUGAACAGGAAAUACGCAGACUCUGACUCACAAAGCCUGCUCCCUUUUAAGGUGGAACGGAAAUAUCCUAACAUCCUCCCCCUUUCCGUGUAACCUGUAGUACCUGUGGUUCAACCCAAUUGCAACCUUUGUACAUAAACCUUAAGUUGUUCUCUGUUAACAACCUUAGACAACAGAUCAGCAGGAAUUUCAUUUCCUGGCAUGUAGGACACCUGAAUGAGUCCUUUCUGAAUACACUCUCUUGCAUGAUGUAGCUUAAUCUGCAAGUACUUGGUCCUUUGCUUGCAACUCUCUGAGUUCAGCAAAGCCAAACACGAUCUAUUGUCUUGAUACACUUGUACAGGACAUUUCACAGAAACUCCGAUGUCCUUAAACAGUUGCAUCAACCAUUCACAAUCCAUGAGUGAAAAUGACAGAGCAUUGAGUUCUGCUUCACAGGAACUUAGGCUCACUGUCGUCUGCUUUUGCACAACCAGUCAAACAGGCAGUGGUUGUACAUGUAGCAUACUCCAGAAGUGCUUGUACCAUCCGUGGUGUCACUUCCAAAACUUGCAUCUGCAAAGAUUUCAAGACCUCCAGUCUUCUGACUGGUGAACCUCAGCCUGUAGUGCAUAGUCCCUUUCAGAUAGCGGGCUAUGCGCUUCAGAGCUUUCCAACCCUGAACAGUAGGAUUGUUAGCAUGUCUGCUAAGCAGGUUACAGCUUACAGCUAUGUCAGGUCUUGAGCAUCUAGCAAUGAAAUUCAACUUGCCUAGAAUGCAUCUGUACAGCGUUGUGUCAGAAAACGCUUCAGCAGUACUGUCUACCUGGUAACCUGUCACCAUCGGUGUGUCUGCUGGGUUUGCAUCAACCAAAUUCAACCUGGUUAAUACAUCAGCAAUUUUCUGUGUUUGGUGUACCAGAAAAUUACCUGCUUGGUCCUUCUCCACCUGCAGAGAAAGAUAGUUGGAUACCUCACCAAGAUCCUUCAUGUCAAAGUGCUCCUUCAGCUGAGCUAGGGUGCUUUGGUAGAAAGCCUGAUUCUUCCAAAACAUCAGAAGAUCAUCAACAAAACAUAAACAAUACAGUUUGUUUUGCCCCUCCUCCUUGACAAACACACAUGGAUCAGCUUUGCCCUGGUGAAAACCUAGAGAAAGCAACGUCUCAGUGAGUUUCGUGUUCCAACACCUGGCACUCUGCUUGAGACCAUAUAAGGAUUUCCGCAGUUUACAGACCAUUCCCUUCUGUAUCUGCAUCCCAUCAGGUGGAAGCAUAAACAGCUCCUCCUCCAAAGUCCCGUACAAAAAAGCUGUAUUAAUGUCAUGAUGGGAAACAUGCAGUUUCUCCUCCGCAGCUAUCUUGAGCAUCAGCCGAAUGCUCUCAUAUUUGACGGUGGGUGAGUAGGUCUCGUGGUAAUCCUGUCCUGGUACCUGUGAAAAACCUCUGGCAACCAAUCUGGCUUUGUGUCUGACUACCUUGCCAUUCUGGUCUGUCUUGGCCUUGAAGACCCAUUUGCUGCCAACCAGUCUCAUCCCUGGGACUAUCGGUACCAACUCCCAAGUUUGGUUCCUAUUCAAGGAAUCAACUUCAGCCUUCAUGGCAUUAAGCCAAGGCUCAGCAUCUUUAGAGGUUAACUCCUGAACCUCUUUGAAGCUUGAAGGUUCCCACACCUUCUCUGAACUACUAAGAACAGCAUUUGCUGUCUUAGCAAACUCAUCAGCAAAUCUCUUUGGAGGUCUGCCCUUCGUGGCUCUCUCAGAUCUGCGUACUAGACGCAAGUCUUCUGGACUCAUCUCCUCCUUCUUAGGAGAAAAGUGACCAAUGGUGAACAGUGGUUCUUCCAGUUCAUUGUCAGACGCAUCAGAUGGUCUGACUGAGGCCUUUGCGCUCUUGUAGUCUGCUGUGUCAUCACUAUCACCGACAUCAGCAGCAGCGCCGCCCACUGAACUGGAAUCCGAACUCUGAUCAUCAUUGUCAUCAUCAUCAUCCUCAGCAGCUUCCUCAGCUUUAGCUGCUUCUUUGACAUCACCUUCAUCCUCCUCUGGGUAACUCUGGAAAAUUCCCACAUUUUCCCCCCACUUAGGAUUGUACUCAACACUCUUUGUGAACUUAAUGGACUUAGAGUUGGUCAUCCAUACCCUGUAUGCACCUUUUCGUACCCCAUGAACAAACCAUGUGCCCCACGCUUCCCAAGCUUGUUGCUUUGUGGGGUGUGUACCCACAUGUCAGAACCAAAGAUUCUCAUGUGCUUGAUGUUGGGUUUCUUACCAAACAUCUUCUCAUAGAGGUACAACCAAUAGGUGAUGACAAUCUGCGAUUAUAAGUGUAAACAAACGAGUUCAAAGACUCCCCCAAAACUUCUCAGGAGAUUGGCAUCAUGCAACAAUGUUUUCAGUCCUUGCAGCAACGUUUGCUUUGCUUGCUCACAAAUCUCCCAUGGAGAUCCAGGACUUGAGAGGCUAUGCUGGAUUCCCUUCUCAGUCAGGAAAGCUUCAAACUGCUGAGAAGUGAACUCCCCGCCUCGAUCAGUAAACAGACAGCCAAUGCGUUUACCAUGAACAUUGUCCAACCAAGCACAGAAUGCCUUGAACUUAGGAAACGCUUGCGAUUUCUGCUCGAGCAUAAACACAUGAAUGUACCUGGAAAAAGAAUCAAUUAGAACCAUGAAGUACCUUGCUCCACCCAAAGAGGGCGCAAGUGGACCAACCAGGUCUGCGUGCACUAGCUGGUAGGGUUUGGAAGCCUGCCUGCUAGACUCCUUGCCUUUUGGAGCAAUCUUCACCUUGUUCUCUGCACAAGAUACACAUUUCAUGUGAAACUUACAGGGUUUGAUGUUCAAACCCUCAACCAUCUCUGGCAUCUUGGCCAGCGCCUGCCAAGACAUGUGACAAAAUCUUCUGUGUGCAUCAUGAAUGCAUCCUGCAUGAAGAACUUUGUUAGUUUGUGCAACACAACAAGAAUCAGCAUUAGACACAACAGCACCAUUGUCGUCAUAAGUUAUACAGAACAAGCCAUCCAUAAACUUUGCAUGCAAAAUGUCCUCUUUGCCUUUUCUGAUGACACAGACGCUCCUCUUGAAGGAAAUCUCAAAACCACGCCCAGUCAGCUGUGGGACACUGAGCAAAUUGUCUGCAGCGCCUGGAACAUACAGUACAUCUUUGAUGGUCGUGUGCAGACUUGCCAGUUUCACAGUCCCUUCUCCUGCGAUUCGCAACGUCUUUCCAUCAGCCAGGUGGAUCUCACCUUCUUGAGGUUUGAAGGAGAUAAAUAGGUGGCGGUCUUUCGACACAUGGCGGGUACAGCCUGAAUCAAUAACAAACCUGGCUGUGACCUUUGGAGCAGUUCUGGCAAGCAAAACCUUGUUUUCCACCGGCGUGGGCUUUUGCAGCUUGCCCCCCUGCUCCUGGCCAUCAGACUUGCCUUUAGCCUUUGGUGAGGCUGUGCCAGUGCCAGCAAACAAAACCUUGUUUUCCACUGGCGUGGGCUCUUGCAGCUUGCCCCCCUGCUCCUGGCCAUCAGACUUGCCUUUAGCCUUUGGUGAAGCUGUGCCAGCAAACAAAGCCUUGUUUUCCUCUGGCGUGGGCUCUUCACCCUCCCUCUGCUUCUGGCCAUCUGCAGGCGUCUGCCUCUGUUUACCUUUGCCCUUCCGGCCUCUGCAAAGGCGAUGACCUUGGCUCCCACGAGAAACAGAGCUCUCAGCUGCCGACUCCUUGGCUCCCCAGGAGGCUGGAAUGCUGCCUGGGAUGACGUGACAGUCAGCUCCCCCUGCAGCUUGCAACCGGUGCCCUCGGCAUCCCUGCAUUCACUCGCAUUCUGGGAAACAGCCAGGACCUCCGAUGCAGUCAAACUCUGGGCUGGGAUGACUGGCAGAUGGGCUAUCUUCAAAGCAUGCCACAUCUUUCGUGCAGUCAGAUUGCCAGCUAGCGUCUUUAUUUCCUCCAGAGAGACGGACAAGACGAUGACGUCAAUCGCCUUCGAAUUAGCAGCCCUCCAUCUAUCUGUCAGAGGAACUGGAGGGGCUUCAGACACAGUAUGCCACACUCCAAACUGACGCAGCAAGCUCUCACACCACACAGCCCAGGUCCCAUAAUUGUGCCGAUUUAACUUUGGGCACGCAGCAGCCUCAGAAGCCUGGAAAAACUCCAUUCCAGGUUUCUACUUGAGCCGUGAAUCUUAUUCACUUCAGAGACGUCUUAUCUCAGCAGCUCAUUAAUCUUGAGGCCUUUGGCGCGGCUCCCAGAUCCAUUAAUCUGCCAGCCGGACAUCAAAGCUCUUGCCGCGGCAAACAGAAAAGCCUUACUUUCGCUUUUCCUCCACAUACCUUUCAGCAGUCUGUCGCAGUCUUACUCUCCUGUAAGUGCUGUGAAUCUGGGCCCGAAACCUGUUGUUGGGAUACUGCCAGGAGAUAAAGUCCAUCAUGGCCCCAAGCCGUCUGCCGGACGAUCCAUCGACCUCCCGUAGGCACGCAGUAUCAUCAACUAGCGACAUGAGUUUCUAGAAGAUUUCUUGCCACAUUCCAGAGCUCAUGCACACUCUAUCAGCAGAUAGUCACAGCAAAAGUUUCACCCAGGAGAGCAUUAUUUACAAGUUUAUUCAGCGUUGAUCAGAACACAGAAAAACAUGACCGACUGCUUUAGUGUCUGCGACACCAGAGAGAAAACGAAAGCAACAGCAAACAUAAACAUCCUGUGAACAGGAAAUACGCAGACUCUGACUCACAAAGCCUGCUCCCUUUUAAGGUGGAACGGAAAUAUCCUAACAUAGACAAGGAGCAGCUGGCUGAGGUGCGAAACAGUUGCUUCCUCCAGCAACUCCUUCGAAAUAUUCACAAAGCGCUUCUUGAUGGGGAAAUGGUGGAGUUUGCCCUUGAACUUCUUUAGCUCAGACUCCUUCAAUAUUUUCAGAGUGUUCAGUAGAAAGGUAUGUGAAGGCCAUGCUCUUCUCACUGUUUUGCAUAAUAAUAUUGAUGGGGGCAAAUCCAGUGAGCCCACCACAUUUACCAACAUAAAAUACAGUAUUUCCCCUUCCCCUUCCCUUCCUAGCAGUUUCAAAGUCAUUCAUUCAAGGUCGUCAGGCUGGGCUGACUGGGGGAGGGAUGUGGCUGAGAGGCAGGCCACAUGCUUUGCUUGCAGAAAGCCCCAGGUUCAAUGCUGGACUAACUAGAUGGACCAAUUCAGAUCUUAGAUGGGAGCUUCUGGUGUUCCAGAGGGUCUGGGAAGGCCUGCAAGCUUUCUGAACUUAUUAUAGGCCUGUUGUUAAAUAUUUGCAGUGCUGAAACAGGAGCGGAAUAAGACUCUGCCUUCUGCAUAGGACAACCCGAACCCCAAGUCCAAAGGACUGAGGCAAUUCCUUUCCUUCGUUUUUGCUGUUCUGUGUAUCCUAAGGGUGUUGAAGGUAUUUGUAAUGCCUUAAGGAAUAAUAGUAACUCUUUACACAAGUCAGAGGUGCCAACUUGAAUAAAACAUUGGGGGAGGGGCAGGUAAGCCCCUCCCUGCAUAAUCAAGCACAUGAUGCUGUACACACACACACACACACACACACCAUUUGAAUGGCAAUGCUCAUCAAGUUGGGGGAAGAGGCCCCCCUCAAAUAUUUUAUUGGGGGAGGGCGAAGCAUGGGCGUAGCCAGGAUUUACGGUAUGUUAGGGGAGGGCAGGACUUUUGUUAGGGGGAGGGAGAACCGAUCUAUCUGUGACGCAAUUGGUCAGUUAAGUAUUUUUAUUUAUUGACUUGACUUGGCAGAGGUAGCUGCCCUCCUGCACCCCCCUGGUUAUGCUUAUGGCCAAAGACCUCUUUGGGCCCUUAGGUGGCUUCUGUGUACAGUGGUACCUCAGGUUAAGUACUUAAUUCGUUCUGGAGGUCCGUUCUUAACCUAAAACUGUUCUUAACCUGAAGCACCACUUUAGCUAAUGGGGCCUCCUGCUGCUGCUGCGACACCGCUGCACGAUUUCUGUUCUCAUCCUGAAGCAAAGUUCUUAACCUGAAGCAUUAUUUCUGGGUCAGUGGAGUCUGUAACCUGAAGCGUAUGUAACCCAAGGUACCACUGUAUCUGAUUGCUAUCAACAGGCUUUGCAUAUGAAGGCACGCACAGCCAAGAAAUCUGCUGCCAGGGCAGACUCAACUCCUGCGACGAUCGGGACGCACGCAGGUUUACCUGGCCUGGUGAAGGAGAGGACCAGGCUGCUCGCCUCGUCCUUGCCAUCGAUGUCCCUCGGUGCGUCGGCCAUCCCGUCCAGGACGCAGUGUGGGAGCUGAUCAAGAGGUCUGCAAGGCGCCAAGCAUCGGCCUCCUCCAGGAGACUUUUCAGGGAUAUGGGCACAGCCUUUCAGGACAGGGAUCCCACGGUUUGCCCGCAAACUUCUUCAGGUCACCCUCGCCCAGACCCGGCAGGGUUUUCAGCAGCCGGGCACAUGAGGCCAAAUCUACCCGAGGGCAACUGGGCAGCGGGAAGGGGCAAAACCGUAGCUAGUUGCUGGCCCCUUCCAGCAAAAGUCACGAGGCUGCAGAGGCUGCAGCAUUGAAAAACAAGCAAGGGAGGAAGGAAGGAAGCGGGCGGGGAUGCAGUCCUCAGAAAGCACCGUCGCUGCAGAUUGGAAACAGGAACAUACACCCACAUCACAACACCUGCCUGAUACGUCAGAUUUUCACAUGUGGUCUUUUUGAUUAGUUAAAAUAGCACUCCUAUCAUACUAUUCAGAAGCUGCUCAACAACUUUCCCACAAGAGCCUCAUUGCUCCCUUGAUGACACGCAGCACAGCAUACGAUUGCAAGCCGUUGGAAGACUCUGAUUCAGUGGUUGGGACAUUUGCUUUGUAUGCAGAAGGUCCCAGGUUCAACCCCUGGGGUCUCCAGCAAGGGAUGGGACAGACUUUCUUGAAAUCCUGGAGUCUCUGAUACUCAGUGACAGCAACACAGAGAAAAAAAGACCCUGCCUUCUUCUGCAAAGGACAAAGUGAACCCCCAACUCCAAAGGGCUGUGAGCCAAUUCCUUUCCACUAUUUUGUAAUGGAGGAGAGAGCAAUUUAACCCACCCAGCCCAAACACUGUACAGUACUCAAGUUCCCUCUCUUAAUCAGUCCUUAAAGGAAACAUGCAGGCAGAUGCUACAUUCCUUUUGGGGUAGGGGAGGAAGUGCAACAGAAACAGUUUAGUAGAAGUCACGUGUUAUCUCAGAACCCAGAGAGUGACGCUUAAAGUUUCACAUAUCACUUCCUCUGCUCCAGUUGUUUGCUAGCUGGAGCUGAGAAGUCCUUUUGCUGCUCCUACAGAGAAAAGAAGGUAGGUUCUAUUCCUUUCUACCUGAGAUGCAAAGCAUACAUCUUAUGUGAAUGCUUAGAGUUUGUGUACAUUUCACAAACUCUUCCUUAUUAAAUUUCCAAUUGUGAUAAAUCCUGCCCUACAUUUGGGGUGAUAUUAGUACCCACUAUGUGUCCAAAUCAGUGGUCCCUUCAGUAGCAAAUAUAUCUAUCUAUCUAUCUAUCUAUCUAUCUAUCUAUCUAUCUAUCUAUCAUCUAUCUAUCUAUUUAUCAUCAUCAUCAAGCCUUUAUUGGCAUCACAUACAAACAUUCAGAAUACAGUGGUACCUUGGGUUACAUAUGCUUCAGGUUACAGACUACGCUAACCCAGAAAUAAUACCUCGGGUUAAGAUCUUUGCUUCAGGAUGAGAACAGAAAUCGUGCUCCGGCAGUGCAGCAGCAGCAGGACGCCCCAUUUGCUAAAGUGGUGCUUCAGGUUAAGAACAGUUUCAGGUUAAGAACGGACCUCCAGAAUGAAUUAAGUACUUAAUCCGAGGUACCACUGUAAAUAGAUAGUGCGAUCUCGUCGCCAUUACAACAAUACAGUCAUUUGCCAAAGGGAAGAAGAGGUGAGCAAUCUAUUUCAUCUCUGUGGGUCACCAUCAAGGGCAGGAUCCUGUAGUGUACUUCGGGACAAAAAAAUCAAAUAGAGGAACUUAGCUACUGUCUUGGUGAGCUCCUAGUCUCUACCCUGUAAUAAGAAGCAUACAGCCUCGGUCUCUGGUUUCCAUGUUGGUAUACAUAGAUGGUCUAGAAAUUGUUGAUGGAGAUCAUCAUACAUUUUACAUUUAAGGGCCAUGUAAGCUAGAGUUUCCACCAGGUGGGCAUCACAUGGGCAGAUCCUAUCUCCUUCUGCCAUACCCUCAGACCUACCCCAAAGGAGAUGAGAAGGAUUAGAAUUGAACCUAGCCAGUGAAAAAGCCCUUCUUUCUUGCGAGUUAAACAAAAAUUGUAAAUAAUUAAAGUUAAAUUCCUGCGCCCAAGAGAGAUGAAAAUAAAGAGGGGGACAUGUUUUUUCCGCAGCUGAGAUUAGUUCCUGGCGAUCUAUGUCCCACAGCCUAGUUUUUAACAUGGCCUUGGCGAUUAGGAUAGCCACAGCACCCAGGAGAUUCUCUGAAAGCCCGAGUUGCCGUAUCUUUGUGCAAAACAGUUGUAGCCCUGGGGAAGGGAAGGAGUCUGACAGAACUUCGCUAAGUAAAGUAUCUUUGUCUGCUGAAAAACAAAUGCUUAGCCAGCAUAAAAGAAAACUCGUCCACGCAACUGUCUCUAGCUUAUGUUUGCCUCCCUCUAAACACAGGGCUGCGUAAGUUACACAGCAUGGGACAGCAAAAAUCUUAAAUAGAAAGGCUGCCUGGAUUCGUUCCACUGACUGGGUAAACCCUGACAUCCAGACUGAAAUUCCAUAGAGCAGUUGAGCUCUAACUUUAGCAUUAAAAACCUUGAGGGCAGAAGGGAUGUGUUGGUUACCUCUUGUUGCAAAGAGGCACGAUAUGGCCUGCUUAGACAGCUUGCUGGCAUUUACCGCCCCUGCGCAGUGCGAAGACCACCGGAGCCUGUGAUGGAAAGUGAUCCCCAAAUAGUUGAAUUCAAAUACCUGCUGGAUGUGUUUCCCAGCAAAGACCCCCAAGACCAUUAUUUGCUUUUAUCGAAGGUCAUACUCACUUUCAUUCUCGACAGAUAGUCAAUACAGGCAUUUAACAAACGCUUUAAGUCGAUUCUAGUCCGUGAGAGCAGAAUCAUAUCAUCUGCAUAUAGGAGAAUGGGAAUUUUUGAUGCAUUGAGUUUUGGGCUGUGAGCAUCCACCAGUUUUAGUAGUGGGGCAAGGUCAUUUAAGAAGAGAUUAAAAAGAGAGGGAGCAAAAACACAGCCCUGUUUCACACCUCAGUUUAAAGCAACAGGGUCUGACACCUCGUCCCCUGGAGUUAUUCUUAUAGACAGGUAUUAUUUGAGUAAAGCUUUUUAAUCAGAUAAAGUAACCUGGGGUCUAAGCCCAGGGACUCCAGUUUGGACCAUAACAGCCCCCUGUCGACUGAGUCAAAAGCAACCUGAAGAUCUAAAAAGGCCACAAAUAGGCCUUCUUUAUGGUGCCGUGUGUAUUUGGCAGCUAAAUGGGAUAGCACUAUACAGUUACGUAAAGUGGAUUUCCCUGGUCUAAACCCUGCCUGCUCUGGGCCUAUGAUGUUGUUCACGUCAAACCACGUAGUUAAUUUGAAUAAUAGAUGUUUUGUAUACAAUUUCCCAAUAUUUGGCAAUAGGCUUAUUGGUCGAUAGUUGGAAGGUAACUUUUUGUCCCCCUUUUUAAAGAUUGGGAUAAUUAUGGAUUUCUGCCAUGAAUUAGGCAUAAUUCCAGUUCUGUCCACCACAGUGAAUAGUUCCGCUAGAAUCGGAGCCCACCAGUCUGGCUUGGCUUUAAUUAGUUCAGACGGGAUGUCAUCAGAGCCUGCGGCUUUGCCUAGUUUCAUUGAGAAAUUAAAUUUUUGACUUCAGUAAUGGAAACAGGGGGCCACUCAACCAGGGUCGAGGAAGGGGCAAGAUCUUGGCUGUCUGAUGGAAUUCGAUCGUCAUAAAAGAUCGCCUUAAAAUGCUCUACCCAAAGCAUAGAUGGAAUCAAUGUCAGUCUUGAGUCUGUGGGGGUUCUGCAAUAGCCUUCCAAAAUUUCUUAUGAUCAUUGGUAAGUAUGGCUGAAAGCAGCGAGUCCCAGCAAGCCUGGUUGUGUCUUAUCUGGCCAAGCUGGAUAGACUCCCUAAGUUGCCUGGUUCUAACGAAAUAUGUAUCAGGCAAUCAGGAGCUGCCUGCCUCUCUACGCUCUCUGUAGAUUCUCCUAACCUCUACUGUAAUACCGUUGAUUUCAUUAUCAGUCCACUCGCCGAACCCCUAUUUCUAUCUUUUUAUCUUGUGGGGAACAACACAAAAGAGAUUUUAUAUAUAUUUUUUGGAAAUUGGUUGCAUUGUGUUCUUCCUGUUUGAAAACCUAUACAGGGCAAUGAAAAACUGGUAGGCAUAAUCAGUAUGGUUGCCAACUGAUCAUAAAAAAAUGCUGUGUUCUGCGUCUUUUACUGAAGUUUUUGCUGCGCAGGAAGAGGCAGAGAAGCAUUUCACAGCACAGAGUGAAUCACCACUUCCUGUUAGUGGCAGAUCCUCAGAAAUUAUUGAAAAGCAUUAAAAAUAGGGAUCCCCCCCCCCAAAAAAAAGAAUCCUGGCUACUCUCAGAGUGGCUGCCUGUCAGUACACUGCCCGGGAUGCUCCUCUGCUGCUGGGGGGGGGGGGCAGCGACGAGACAUGCAGGCGCGCUGGUGGAGAAAACCAGCAUGGGCCAUUGCAGCAGCCCUGUGUGGCCCCUACCUAGUGUGAGCAGCUUAGAGUGAAAAAAGGCAGAGAGGGUGAGCAUGAGUUGCAGGAGGAGGAAAAAGGGAGGGAGGGAGGCAGGUAGAAGGCAGAAGGGAAAGCAGUGAGUGGGAGCAGGAAGGCAGGCAGGCAGAUAGACAGAUGGAGGAGGAGAGGCAGAACAGAGCACCCCUGACCCCAGUGGCCGAAGAGGAAGUCACUGGCAGAGAGUGAAAGGCAACAAAAAGAAAACAUUUCUGGUCCAUGGUCUAUUCCAGCUUCGGAGGCGCCAAUACAGCCCCUUGCCAAGGGCUCAAAAAUGUCUGGCAGAAGAGGGGAGGGGGUUUUGUGGUGCAAGUGCUAAAAAUCAAAUUGCGCAAAUUAAAUUUGCUGCUAAGCGACUGAAUCCCACCCUAAAAUAGCACAUCUGGAACCACCCACAGUUUCCAGCUGAAGUAGGAAAACAAAAAUCUGAUUUGGUAUAAGACAACUUUUGAAAGCUGAACAGGUUCUUCUUAGGGGGGAUGAAAAAAUUAUUUAUUGAAAUUCAUUAAUGUCAUUACAGACAUUCAUCUCAUCAUAAACAAUAUUCCAAAAAUUUUGGACCUUUCUGCAUGUCCACCACAUAUGAUAAAAAUCUCCUAUUUUUUCUCCACACUUCCAACACUUAUUUGAACUAUUUUUAUACAUUUUGGAGAUUUUUGAUGGUGUAAGGUACCACCGAAACUGCAUUUUCAUCAUAUUUUCUUUGAUGGUGUAACAUGCAGUAAAGUUCAUGUUACCUGUUGUGUAUUGAGUCAAAGGAUUUUAUAUCUGUAUUAUUAUUGUCUGUAUUUGCAUUAGGGUAAAGUAACUGCCUUUUGGUUCCAGAGGGUACAGCUACUAUUGGUUCAUUUAAGCUGCUGUAUUUGGAUCCUCUGUCUUAUUGGUUCCCUCCAAAAGGCAGGACUGUGAUUGCCUGAUGUUGUUCCCUCCAAAAUGUAUCCUUUCGUGCUAGUUCCCUGUCCCUAUAAAUGUAGCUUUCCUCUCCCCAGUCUGGAGUCUUGUUGCUUUAAUAAAGAAGUGUUACUAGAGAACUGUCUCCAGCAUGUUAUAUCAGGAGAGCUGAAAUCACAAACCCCACGUCACAACAACUGGCGACGAAGGUGGGAUCCGGAAUGCUGAGGAGCGGUUAGCGCAGCCCUGCCUCAGAGUCCGGAUUGCAGCUAAGAACAAGACUCACUGACCAGCUGAGAAGACGACCCUGCCACAGGACAAUGGAGAGUCCAAGGGUAUUGGAGCCCUUCCAGCCAUCAGAGCCCGACACGUGGGAAGACUACGUCGAACGCUUCGAGUUCUUCGCAGAGGCUCAAGGGAUCACCGAUGCCAGCAAAAGAAGGGCCACAUUCCUGAGCCACUGUGGGCCUGAGACCUUCAAGCUGGCCAAGGCAUUGCUUGCUCCAGCGAAGCUAAGUGAGACAUCUCUCAAAGAUAUUCUUGCCUGCCUAACAAGCCACUUGGCGCCUACUGAGACCAAGAUGGCUCGGCGGAUGGAGUUUCAUAAGAGGCAGCAGCAUGCUGGGGAGUCUGUAUCUGCAUUUCUGGCUGAACUGCGGAAGCUCGCUCAGCACUGCGACUUCCAAAAUCUGGAAGAGACUCUCCUGGAUCGGUUUAUCGGUGGUCUGAGCAGCAAGAAGGCCAGAAGACGCAUCGUGGCUAAAGAAGAGGUUACCCUUGCUUCAGCCUUGAAGGAGGCCACCGCCACGGAGAAUUAUGAAAGAGGAGCUUGAUGCCAGUCGCAAGGCCCCUAAGCCACAGAUAGAAGUUGCGCAUGCCAUGGACGAGCUAGAGGCUACUCCGAGCCAGAGCCCAGUCCGUGGGGUUGAGUCAGUGAGUCAGGCCUGCACAGUGCACAAAGAUCACCGAGGCAGGUGCCCAGGUUGUGGCGGAAACCAUGAGCGGAAGAGUUGUCGUUUCCGGGAUGCUAUGUGCCGGACGUGCGGGAAGACAGGUCACAUCGUCAGAGUCUGUAGAUCGGCGGCAUUGGGAGCGACAGGAGCACCUAGACCGGAGCAUCGCAGACCACCCGCAGCAACCCAUUUUCUAAAGGACUGCCACUACGUUACGGAGAUCAACGGGAGGGUCGUGCAGUUCCCAGCACAAGGCAAGGCACACGUCAAGGUGAAGAUUGAGGGUCAGCAGUGCGACAUGGAGGUGGACUCCGGAUCUGGAUUCACUAUCAUGUCAGACCAGACCGCGAGGACAUUCUUCCCCAGGGGUAAGUUGCCCCCUCUGGAACCCUUCCCGGCAACCUUGCAGUCAUACUCAGCGGGCCGCAUCCAUGUUAUGGGAAUGUGUGCCGUGAGAGUACAGUUCCGGGACAAACAGGCUGUACUCAAACUGGUGAUUGCGAAGGGCAGUCGCCCCAGUCUCCUGGGCACUGACUGGUUCCCCGCCCUGGGACUGAGUAUAUCAGGGCUUAAUUCAAUCCAAACCUGCCCUGAGAUGAACGAGGCAUUAUGCAAAGAAUUUGCUGGUCUCUUUAAUGGAAAACUGGGUUGUUAUAAAGGGCCCCCAGUUGACUUCGAGUUGGACCCUGGGGUGGCCCCAAUCCGGCUCAAACCAAGGCGAGUGCCAUUUGCACUGCAACCCAAGAUCAAAGCAGAGCUGGAUAAAUUGGUCAAGCAGGGAGUUCUCUCACCCGUGGACUCUGCUAAGUGGGAGACUCCAAUCGUCACGCCCUUAAAGCAAAUGGGAAGUCAGGAUCUGUGCAGAUUACAAAUGUACUAUCAAUAAGGCACUCGGGAAACUCAUACCCCAUUCCAGUCGUAUCACAUCUGUUGGCUAAACUGGCUGGGGGCAAGGUGUUCGCCAAAAUUGACCUGGCACAAGCUUACCAACAGCUGCCAGUAACCCCACAAUCAGCGGAGCACAUAAUGAUGCUGGAAACACUUCCGGGGGCUCCUGUAACGGCUACUGAUAUAGCUGAGAAAACGAGGAAAGAUGCUGUUCUCUCCCGUGUGCUCACUUGGGUGGGGAGGGGGUGGCCAGGUGGUCCGCAUGAAGACAAAUUCAGGCCUUAUGCGACUAGGCAGCACGAGUUGUCCAUGCAUAAGGGUUGUCUCCUGUGGGGAGAUAGGGUCAUCAUCCCAGCACCACUGAGAAACAGGGUUAUUGAGUCGCUUCACAUGGGACACCCGGGAAGGGUCAGGAUGAAGUCGCUAGCCCGAUGUUAUGUGUGGUGGCCUGGAAUGGACCAGAACAUAGAACAAUGGGUACGAACAUGCAAGGCAUGCCAAGAGGUGCGGCCAGAAGUGGCCAGAGCACCAGUCCACUGGUGGGAGCAGUCCAGAUCUCCCUGGAGCCGGCUGCACUUAGAUUUUGCUGGGCCAUUCCAAGGAAAGGUCUUUUUGGUUAUCGUUGAUGCAUAUUCCAAAUGGUUAGAAGUGGCGAUGGUCCCUAGCAUGGCAUCAGCUGCCGUCAUCAAGGUGUUGAGGCAGCUGUUUGCAAACCCACGGGUUACCUGAGACCAUUGUAUCAGAUAAUGGGGCAGCUUUUGUAUCCCAAGAAUUCAGGGCAUUCUUGGCUGAUAACUUCAUAAGAGGGGUCACAUCCGCGCCCUUUCACCCAUCCUCCAAUGGGCAGGCUGAGCGCAUGGUAAGAACAGCCAAAGAAUCCAUUGCGCGCUUAAUGGAGGGUAACUGGUCAGCUCGCAUCGCGCGAAUGUUAUUUUUGCAGCAUGCGACGCCGUGUACCGCAACGGGCAAGUCGCCAGCUGAGCUGCUCUUGGGUAGGAGACUGGUAACGGUGCUGGAUUAUGUCCACCCGGAUAAAAUGCCAAACCAUAAUUCAAGAGCAACCCCCCAGGCUGAGACUGACACAACAAGGUAUCUCGCCCCUGAAGAUCUGGUCUGGGUGAGGAACUAUUCACGAGGUUCGCGGUGGGUGGCUGGUGUGGUCACCCGGGCUAGUGGACCUGUGUCCUAUUAUGUGACCUUGGAAAAUGGGCAAGUGUGGAAGAGACAUAUAGAUCAGCUGAGGCGCCGGGCGCUCAGCAGGGAGGAGCCAGAUAAUUCAUCCCAGGCUAACGACGCAGAGCCGCAAGACCAGAGUGAAAAUGGCCCAGAGGUGCAAGCACCAGGGGCUUUAACAAAUGAACCAGGGUCUGCUAGUCCUCACGAUGACGAGGUACAGAUAGGGGACCCUGAGAUGUCGGGGACUCCAUCUGUUCCUGACGAAACCCCUAGAGCAGCCCCUCUACCACAGGUAACACCCAAUCCAGAACCUGCAACACCUGUUGUCAGGAGAUCAAGUAGAAGUUGUAGGCCCCACAGUACCUGAGAGAUUACGUCUGCUGUGCUCACUAGGGGGGAAGGGGUGUUGUGUAUUGAGUCAAAGGAUUUUAUAUCUGUAUUAUUAUUGUCUGUAUUUGCAUUAGGGUAAAGUAACUGCCUUUUGGUUCCAGAGGGUACAGCUACUAUUGGUUCAUUUAAGCUGCUGUAUUUGGAUCCUCUGUCUUAUUGGUUCCCUCCAAAGGCAGGACUGUGAUUGCCUGAUGUUGUUCCCUCCAAAAUGUAUCCUUUCGUGCUAGUUCCCUGUCCCUAUAAAUGUAGCUUUCCUCUCCCCAGUCUGGAGUCUUGUUGCUUUAAUAAAGAAGUGUUACUAGAGAACUGUCUCCAGCAUGUUAUAUCAGGAGAGCUGAAAUCACAAACCCCACGUCACAACAUUACCGUAAUUUUCCAGAGUGAUUCCCAUUCUCUUAUUAUAAUGGGACGUCUAAUCAUGACCACCUUCACCUCCUCGGUACAUCCUUGUGAUAAUCAUGGUGUCAUUAUUUAACAGCACUAUUUCAAAUUUAGAGGGCUCAUUGCCAAAUCCAUUUUUUUUUGUCCUGUCUGUUUUUUCUGAAAGCUGAACAGGUUCUAAUUCUUUCCCCCCUCCUCUUAUUCUUUAAAUAAAGUGUUUCUUCCACAGACUGCUGCUUUGAGGGAUUAUGUCCAGCUAUGAAAUUAUACGCAAAGGGAGAAAGCAAUUAAUUGAUAUACUUCAGAAGGACAUAGACUGUGUUUUAGAUGACUUACGCUCAGAGAUUGUCAUCACAAAAGAAGAAUAUGAGGGCCUGGAGAAAACUGAAGACUCAAAGAAAAAAAGUAGAGAAUUGCUUAUUCUGAUACAAGAAAAAGGGGAAGCUGCCUGUAGCCAGUUCCUGGAAUGGUUAGAAGUCGCAUGUCCUGCUUCAAAACAUGCCCUGCAAGGUCAAAAACACAGUGAGUCUCACCAUUCUUCCCAAACCUUAAAAACGUUUAGAUAUCUCUUCCUUCUUCCUUGUUAUCACAACUGCCAUAUGAGUUAAGAAAUCACUUAUCACUUUACAGAUGAGACUCAAAAUCCGCUCCAGAGUUCUGGCCACUCAGUGCUGAUGUCAGAAUCCAAUCCAGGUGAGUUUGGAACUUGGAAGCAGAGGCUGUUUGUUUUUGCCUUUUAAAACCUUUUUCUUUGAGGCAGGGCCAGGAAAAUAUUUUUCUGCCCGAGGGCUGCAUUCCUUUCUGGCCAACUUUCCCUGCUGGUGGUGGGUGAUGGCAAAGGCAAAAGUGGGUGGAGCAACAAAUGCAUUUUUUGCAAAAAGGCUAGUUUCUACACAUUACCUUCGUGUCAUGCGGGGCCUCUGAGGGAUGUGGCAUUUUCAGAGAACUGAAAAGGAAAGUUCUUUAUGAACUGCCUAUGGACUGCCAAAGGGGAGGAGGUUGUAGAGUGUGGUGCGCAUCACCUCCCACUUGCCAUUCACCUGAUAUCCCAAGGAUGUCAGGUGACCCAUUUUUGCCCAGAGCUGUGCAUCAUCGAAUCCUGCUUCAGGCUUCCCACAGGCAUUUGGCUUGGCCUGUCUGAGAACAGGAUGGUUCUGUGAACCGCCCCUUGUUCUGUGAACCACCCUGAGACCUCCAGGUAUAGAUCCAGCAGGCUCUUCGUAAUGUUCUUAGAAGCUAUGCAGAAAUGGGAAAUAAUUUGGUGGUGGUAAAUAAGGAAGGUGUAUGUAAAAUGGAGCCCCUUUAGUUAUGGCAGAACACACUGAUGCCAGUCGCACCUUGGUGGAAAAGACUGCCAUCCUCAGCCAUUUGGUAGUCAGCCUGGCAGAUAGUGCUGGGGAGCAGUUGGUGGCGGGGGUACAUGUUGGAACCAAUGACAUGGGGAAUGUAGUUGUGAGGUCCUGGAAGCUGCAACAGCAGACAUGAGCAAUAGGGAGCAGCUGGUGCCCAUAGUCCUUGAACCUGGAAGCUGAUGUUUUUGAAGGAGGGGCUGCAAUUUCUGUGAGCAGGCGUAACCCUCCUUCCCCAGGCUGACCCUGCUAUGAGGCAGGGAGAGGCAGGUACCUCAGGUGUCAUGGGCUGGAGGUACAGAGUGACAACAAGGGGCUGAAGGGAGAGAACUGUCUGGGGCCCCCAGCCUGCCCUACACCCUCCUAGGUGGCCUCUUGGCCCCAUGUACAGUAAAGGACACUGUUCUGCCACCAGUGGGAAUGUCAGAUUCAACAGCCAGUCCAGUCAGGACACAGGGUGUGUGGCACUAUCUUGCCCUUUUCCUCAGGCAGCAAAAUAACUUGGACCAGCACUGCUUCUUCCCCCUCGGGGGAUCAUUGCAAAGCGCUGUGUGCACACUGGCUCUCUGUUCUGCUCACCUCGAUUUUGCAAAGCAAACCUGCUCACAAGUGUUUGGCCCACAGAGGCGACAUUUGAAGUGGAGAGACUGGCCUUUGCCGACAGAGAACUUACCUGCAUGUGGUGCCGAGUGGCGCCACUUGCAAUGCUGGUGGUGACCCUAUACUUCCCCUGGCAGAGGGCACUGAUUGGCCAUGCCAUGGCGUCACAUUGGCAGGUGGCUUGCCUGGGUUUCACUGGAAUAUAUGCCGAAGUUACACCUUCACCAGGAGCAUAUUUCUGUGUUCCUUCCUAGAGCAUUCACUCCCCAAGGAGAAAGAUGACAGCCCAAGAACACUGCUGGAUGCAAAUGAAGACGUUUUCAAAGGUACUUACUUUCGUAAAGCAAGAGUGCACCUAAAAAGUCAAUACCGAAAGGACCAAAAAGCACAAAGAUCUGGGAAGGAAGGAAAUUACUGAGCUGUAUCACAUUAAAGAAGAGUCUGUAUAAUCCCCGCAGCAAGGCCUUGGCAUCUAUUUCCAGGAGUGAGGAACCUGUGGUCCUCCAUCUCCCAUCAUGCUCCAGCCAGCAUGGCCAGUAGUCAAGAAUGAUGGAAGUUGUUGAACCUUCGGAGGGCGUGUCCACAGGUUAUCCAUCCCCUGAUCUAGUAUACUGUACAAUAGCAAAUGUUCAGAAUGUUUACACAAUUUUGCUAUUUCAACUUGUUUGUUUCUAGGUUGCUCAGUCGGUGAAGAGGAAGGUGAAAUUCAGAAACACCCAGAGGAAGAGAAGAUGGAUCUUGAAAUAGGUAAUCCCACCUAAUCAACAAUGUAAUGAAAGUGAGGGGUUGCAGUUCAGGGAUAUUUUUUUCCAGAGCAGGAGAAAUGACAUGAUCUGCUGGAGAAGUACAUGGGUAGCUAAGGAGUUCCACCUUUGGUUCUCCUCGCUGCUGCUGUGUGGUCUCAGGUGCUGUUAUGAACAUUGGUCAAGCCUGCAGCAAGGUCUAUCCUAUUUUGGUCCCUUAAUAGGAAUAUGGCUUUUAAGUGGUGAUUUUAAUCCCAGCAUGUAGCUUUUGUUGUUAAACCACUUGGAGAUGUUUCAAAGGAAAUAUAUACGUAAAUAGGUUGUCACAUUGGGGAGGGCAAGUUUAGAUAGUUGUCCUAAUGUGAACUUCUGUCUCUAGGUUGUCGAAGUCAAGAGAAAGAAGAUGAUGUUCAGGAAGAAUCAGAGGAAGAGAAUCAACAUCCUACCAUAGGUAAUCCCUCCUAAUCGUCAUAGCAGUGGAAAGGGAAUGCAGGGUAUGUUGGAGAGUGAGUUUUGGAAGAGAGAUCUUAUGCUCUUGUAGCAGAAUUAAGUAGAAUGGUGAUUGCUCCAACCACAUUAAAACUUCGUUAUAUUUACUUCUACCCUCAGCCACUUUUAAACAAAUAUUCUCCCGCAAAAAAUAGGGUAAAAUAAAUCACAUACACUUAGCCAUCCGGCGGGUGCCAGGGAGGCAGCGGCGGCUGAGGCAGGCAGGCAGGGGCGGCCGCUGACUAUGCACUGCCAGCCUCGUGGGCGGGGAGGCAGGCGGGGAGAGGCCCGGGUUGCCCAGGCCGCAUGCUCGCAGGUGGGUGAGGAGGCUGUGAGAGGGAGACGAGGCGCACGGGGUCCAGGGCGCACGGGUCGCCUCUCUUCUAUACAGUCCCCUCCUGGCCCUGGGAGGGCUGGGUCCAGGACCCUGGCAGGCCGCAUCCUGCCCACAAGCCUUAGUUUGGGGAUGCCUGUCCUGUCAGGAGAGAGAUAGGGAAAAUGUGUUUUUGUAAAUUCUUCUCGAUUUUCAAUACCAUCUACCGUAGUAUCUUUCUGGAGUGGCUAUCCAAGCUAGGAGCAGGUGGCACUGCUUUGCGGUGAUGUUAGGGGUUGCUCUUCAGCUCCAUGGAACCAUCAAUGUGGAGUUCCUCAGGGUACAAUUUUAUCUCCUUUGCUGUUUAACAUCUACAUGAAACCACAGAGUAGGACCAUCCUGAAACAGUUCAGGACCACAAUACCUCUCCCCAUACAAAGCAACCAAUAACCUGCAAUCAUCCUCUUGUGCCUCCUCCAUGAGAGGUCUGGAGAGAGGCAAAACAAGAAAAGGCCUUUUCUGCUAUGGUUCCCCGCUUGUGGAACGCUCUCCCUAGGGAGGCUUGCCUGGUGCCUUUGUUACAUACAGUGGUACCUCGGGUUAAGUACUUAAUUCGUUCCAGAGGUCUGUUCUUAACCUGAAACUGUUCUUAACCUGAAGCACCUCUCUAGCUUAUGGGGCCUCCUGUUGCUGCCGCGCCGCCAGAGCACAAUUUCUGUUCUCAUCCUGAAGCAAAGUUCUUAACCCGAGGUACUAUUUCUGGGUAUGCAGAGUCUGUAACCUUAAGCGUAUGUAACCUGAAGCGUAUGUAACCCGAGGUACCACUGUAUCUUUAGGCUCCGGGCAAAGGCAUUUUUCUUCUCUCAGGCCUUUCGCUAAUUAAACAAUCCAUAGCCUUUUAAAUGCAGAUGAGGGGGCAACUUUUUGUUUGUUUGUUAUUAUGGUACGCUAUUAUCAAUUUUAAUAUACUACUAAAUACUUUUCUCAUUUUCUACAGAGAGAAGAAAAGCAGUUAUGGAUAUUCUGUGCAAAUUAAAGCUAGAAAAGCAUAAAAGCAAAGCGCUCUCCCUCCAAGAAGUCCUGAAAAUCAGAUCGGGGAGCUUGAAGGAAUUCACACCUCAAACCCGGGAAGAUUUGCCUUGGCAUUUUCUGAGGAAGAUAUUGGCUCUGAAUGUGACAGCCAGGAGCACCAGCUUCGAAGAAGUUGUUUCUGAUGAUCAAGUACUUAGAAGAAAUGAGGGGAAUGAGAGGAUUGAUAAGGACAUUUUUGUUACUCUUGAAAUGGGUGAGAGUCAUUCUGUCAACCCCCUUGAUGUCCUUUGUGCUGUUCUGCUUUGCUCUGACAGUUUCCUCCAACAGGAGAUCUUCUGCAAAAUGUCCAUGUGUCAGUUUGCUCUGCCUUUGCUCCUCCCUCCCUUGGAGACUCCCAAAUGCACCCUGAUGCUCUGGGCCAUGAGGGACAUCGUGAAAAUAUGGAGGCCCCAUUCCUUGGCUGAAAGCAGAGGCUUCAGGGAGGAGAGCCUGGUGUUGACAUCCAUGCCGACCAUUUCCUUUGUGAGGAUGGGGAGCUUGAGCUUCUCCAAGUCCAAACUGCUCGGUGAGUUCCUCAGCCCUGCCCAACAGCACCAUGAUUUCUUCUUCCACCGAGAUAUGGAGUGCGGAGACAUCCCACGAGAAAUUGCUGGUGGGCUUGUGGAGAUUGCCUGGUAUUUCCCAGGCGGGCAGAAAAGCUCAGAUCUCUUUCCAGAGCCAAUUGCAGUUGCAAAUCUUCGUGGAGACAUUGAAUCACACUGGGUGCAGUUUAGCUUUUUAACACAGGUCUCCUCUGCUGUGUUCAUAUUUGCUGAAGCCAUUGAUGAAAGACAACAUGACCUCUUGUCCUCGCUGAAGGGAACAUCAACUCAGUUCUAUUUCAUCCUGGAACGUGACAGCAACAAAUGCCACGAAGCUUUGGGUGUUUUAGAUAAAUUGGCUCCAAUACUUAACCUCUGUAAUUCAAACAUACUAGUGCAAUCUGCAAAGAGAAAUAAGGCAGAGUUUGUGAGAAAAUUACGGUCAACUGUGAGAGGAAUACUUAAUUCUCAACCGACGUGUAUGAGUGUACAAGGGAUGUGUGCUGUGACAUGUGAACUUUCGAUUCAGGCAGAUGUGGAUGGCCAAGAAUGUCAGAAUGCCCUCCAAUGUGCUGAAGGAAUCACCGCAGACAUAAAAGAUGUAGCAAGGUACAAGCAAGAAAUGCUGAGACUCCAGGGCGAUCUCUGGAAAAACCUGGCCAAAGUGGAGAAAGAAAGGUGCAGAAUGAAAAGACAGGGGGACAAGCCUUCAGAAAAAUACAGGUCUGAACUGAAGGGCAAAUGGCUGGAACUGCGUAAACAGCAGAGUCAAUGUGAACUCACCACUGGCUUGAUGAAAUUUGUUGAUGCCAUCAGUCAUUUGAAGUCUGCAGAGAAGCACUACUUCCUGAAAUGGAUGAAGUUCAACCUGGAUCAUAUUGCUAGAGAGAACCUUUCCAAGUUAAGGGCUGAGUACAAAGAGAAAUACAAAAUUUCAGGAGAUGAUGUCCAGAAGACUGCAGAAAUUGACCGACAGAUAUCUUCCUCUUCCUUGGGAGUUGAGCACUUCAUGCGUGAGCUGGGGCAGUUUUAUGAGGCCGAAUACUCCAUGGUUAUUGAGGGCAAAAUAGCAAAACACAGAAGGCAGUUUGUUCAUUUCCCAAGCAUUGCAGCUGACCUAAUGCUAGAAGGGUUUCCUCUUGAACUGAUGGAUGGAGAUGCAUCCAACAUCCCCCUGCAGUGGAUAAGUGAUGUUCUGACCGAGCUUCAUAAGAAACUAAGAGGACGAUCCAAAAUUAAGGUGAUAACCGUUCUGGGGGUGCAGAGCACUGGGAAAUCGACCCUUCUGAACACCAUGUUUGGCCUGCAGUUUCCUGUCAGCAGUGGGCGGUGCACACGAGGUGCCUUCAUGACACUUCUUAACGUCUCAGAGAAUUUGGCUCAGGAUCUUGGCUGUGACUUCGUCCUGGUGAUAGACACAGAGGGCUUGAAAGCCCCUGAACUGGCCAAACUGGAAGACAGCUAUCAGCAUGACAACGAGUUGGCCACUCUAGUCAUUGGGCUGAGUGACAUCACCAUCGUAAACAUGGCCAUGGAAAAUGCCACCGAAAUGAAGGACAUCCUGCAAAUUGUGACCCAUGCCUUCCUCAGGAUGGAAGAGAUUGGGCAAAGCCCCAGCUGCCAGUUUGUUCACCAAAACGUCAGUGAUGUUUCUGCAUAUGACCAAAACAUGAGGGACAGGAAGCACCUUUUGGAACAGCUGAAUGAAAUGACCCAGGCUGCAGCAAAAAUGGAAAAUAUUGGGAGGGAUAUCAAGUUCUCAGACAUCAUGGAGUAUAACCCAGAAACAAAUAAUUGGUACAUCCCUGGUCUUUGGCAUGGCGUCCCACCAAUGGCCCCAGUCAACAGGGGGUAUAGCGAAAAGGUCUUUGAUUUAAAGAAGUGCCUUUUCGAAUUCAUAAGAGACCAUGCACAUGACAGGCCUUCCAAGAAUAUUCUUGACUUCAUUGAAUGGGUGAAGAGCCUGUGGAAUGCUGUAAAACAUGAGAACUUCAUCUUUAGCUUCCAAAAUAGUCUCAUAGCUGAAGCAUACAACAACCUCUCCAUUAAAUAUUCUGAAUGGGACAGGGAUUUCCGCAGAGAGAUGCACCUCUGGGUAUCUGAGCAGGAAACUCUGAUUCAGAAUGUGUCACCUGAUAAAAUUGCUUUCAAUAAUUUGAAAUGUGAACUUCAAAAGAAACUAUCAUGUGGAGAAGAGCAGAUUUUGGAGAGUUUGAAUAAAUACUUCGGGAGCGAAGCAGCAAAUCUGCAUCUGGUAGAAAAGUACAAGGAAGAUUUUGUCAGGAGUGCCAACAGCCUCAAGCGUGAACUUGAAAAUUAUUCUUCUAACAAACUGCGAGAUGCCAUUCAAAUUAGAAAAGGUCUACACAAAAUUGAUGCUCUUCAAGCAGAAUACAAGAAAGCAAUUGAAGGAAAGGUUGACAGGCUGCUUGAAAAAUGCAGAGGCAAAAAGCAGAAAUUAAAAGAAAAAGAAUUAGAAAGAGAGUUUAAAAAAAUGUGGAGAGAAACACUGUUGGAAAUACCACCCAUUUCCUUAGAGAAACGUGACAUAUAUGCAGAAGUUGAGUCAUAUCUGAGAAAGAAUUCAUACUCUCAUUUGAAACUAUACACACAAAAAUUAGCAGGAAAAAGAGGAUUGUUAAGUUACAGAAUAGACACUUUUGAAAUUAAAAAUGACCAUGUACAAUCAUCAUUUUGGAAACAUAUGCUUCAUUUUAAUUCUCAAAUGCAGUAUAAGCAUAUACUGGUAAUAAAAGAUUUUGUUAACUCCUUGUUGUGCAAAUGCACUUCAUAUAUUGAUGAAAAGCUCAAUUCUAAAGGAGAUUAUGAUGAAACCUACUGCAUUGACCUUUUGUGUAUGAUCAAUGAGACGCUUCAACAACCUGAUGUUCAAAAUCUUCAUACAACCCCUGGCUUUGAAGUGGACCUUAAGCUCCACAUCCUGGGAGAAGCAGCUCAUGCAUUUCAAAGGAGACACGAAGAAUUUGUUAAGGAAAAUGAUCCUCACAUGCGCCUGGAAAAACUGAAACCCCACUAUUUUGCAAUUUUCAGAGAUCUUUAUCAGGAAAAAGAUGCCCAUCAAAUCCAAGCUAAAGAUUUCUGUGAAAUGUGUCUCCAUCCUGCUAUAGUGAAUUAUGUCAACAAUAGACUUGGGGUGGAAAUAGUGGACAACUUUCACAAUAGUGAGCAGUCUGUUGACUUUGGCUCUCGGAGUUUUUUCCAGUUUACUAUCCUGAAGGAUCUGUUAAAUGAAUGGGAUUUUGACCAAUAUGUUGAAUACAUCACAACCUAUGAAAAGUUUGUCAAGAGUUGGCUAUUGAAAAAAAUGGUGGAUUACUAUACAAAAAAUGAGGAUCUGAAGAAUCUGGAGGAAAACAUUUUCUCUGCAAUACUAGACAGAAUUAGAAAAACAUUGCGGAAGCUGAAGCAUCAAGGUGCUGCGACAAUCUCAGAAUUUGUGCAGGAUUUUUCCCAAGAAAUGCAGAAGGAGUUAGUCAUCCCUAAGGAUAGUUUGGUGGGGACACACAUGAAACAGGCAUUUGAUCCUGGCCACUUUUUUGCUUUUGUUGAAAGCUUCCUUCCUAAUUUGCAAGAACAAAUAUUAAGCAGAUUUAGAGACUUGGAUAUCGAAUCCAAACUCUCCAAACUGCCUGUGAAGCCCCAAGAUGAAAUCUUCAAGCAAAUGUUUGGCUGUGGGAAGCAGUGUCCCUUCUGCAAAGUCCCCUGUGAAGCUGGAGGGAGCGCUCAUCAGGAGCAUUUUGCAACAAUCCAUCGACCUCAAGGAUUUGGAAGAUUCAGAUAUAUAGAUUCAGAAAAGCUGAUAUGUUCUCUGUGCUCCACCGAUGUGUCCACCGAUCAAGUGUUCCGAAAUCAGGACACAAAUUGGGAAUGGCAUCCGUACAAAGAGUACCGUACGUAUUAUCCAGACUGGCGUAUCCAACCUGAUCCCAGUAUCAAAGCUUCUGAUUACUGGAAGUACAUUUUCAAAAUGUUCAAUGAUGACUUUGCCAGACAGUACAAUGCUAAACCAGCUGAUCUGCCAGAGGACUGGGGAAAUAUAACCAAAGAACAAGCACUGAAGGCCUUAGAAGAUAGAUACAAAUUGUAA